AUGAAACUGCUACUUGAAGAGUUAAGGACAGAUGACCGAUUUAAGAAUCAAGGACAGAACAUCCUUUGUAGAAUUAAGGUACUUAAGCUUUGGAUUUGCUUCACUGGAGCACUUUUGAGGAACAGAGUCUCAGAAUUUUUAGGCAGAUUUUCUUCCCACCGGGCACGCGAGGCUUGCGGACACUCGCCCGAAGCACAGGGAGCCCUCCGGAGGGCUCCGCCUCCUUCGGGCGGCAGGCUGCCGCCCAAGCCUCGCGCGCCCGGCGGGACCUCCUGCCGGGCGCGCAAGGCUUACGGACACUCGCUCGAAGCACAGGGAGCCCUCCGGAGGGCUCCGCGUGCUUCAUGCGACAGGCUGCCGCCCCAAGCCUCCCGCCGGGCGCGCAAGGAAUGCGGACACUCGCCCGAAGCACGGGGAGCCCUCCAGAGGGCUCCGCGUGCUUCGUGCGACAGGCUGCCGCCCCAAGCCUCGCGUGCCUGUCGGGACCUACCGCUGGGUGCGCAAGGCUUGCGGACACUUGCCCGAAGCACAGGGAGCCCUCCGGAGGGCUCCCCAUGCUUCAGGUGACAGGCUGCUGCCCCAAGCCAGGCGCGCAAGGCUUGCGGACACUCGCCCGGGCUGCAGGCUGCUGCCCGCAAGCCUUGUGAGCCCGCGGGAACUCCCGCCGGGCUUGCAAGGCUUGCGGAUAGCUUCCUGAAGCCUGGAGAGCGAGUGGGGUCAGUGCGCACCCUUGCCUCUCGCUCUCCAGACUUCAGCGAAAGCCUGCAUUCGCCCCAUAGGACGCACACACAUUUCCCCUUCAUUUUUGGAGGGGAAAAAGUGCAUCCUAUGGGGCGAAAAAUACGGUAUCUUCCUGGGUUUUCUUGUUCUUCAACUUCUUAUUUGUUGGAGGGCAGAGGAACCAAGACUAAUGCAGUAACAAUGGUCUCUAAUUACACAGCAUGUGGUCCCUCUGGGAUGCUUCUCCACCAUGGGAUUUAUUAUCUGUCUCACAUGCAUAAAUAACAAGAUGUAAAUUAUCCCCCAGUGUUAGUAAUGGCACUCUGUAAUUGUAGAAGAGCCAAUUACAUGGUGAAAAUAAUGCAGUGAAAAGGUGUAAUGCAGCUUAAUCUUAUGCAGGUUUACUCAGAGGUAAGGCCCCACCAGCACCAUACAUUUAAAGCAGUAUUACAGCAUUUUGAAUCCUGAGAAGUGAAAUUUGUUAAGCGUGCUGAGAGUUGUUAGGAGGCCCCUAUUCCCCUUGCAGAGCUACAGUUUCCAGCAUGGUUUAAGAGUCAAUCCCUCUUCCCAGGAAACUGGAAAUUGUAGUUCUGUGUGGGGAACUCACCUUUUAGCAUCCUUAACAAACAGCAGUUCCCAUGAUUCUUUGGCCAUGAGUGUUUAAUCUGGGAUGAUACUGUGUAACUGAGUAGUACAGACGGGGCCUAAAUUUCAUUGUGUCCCCAACAGAAUGCUACACAUUUUGCACACUCCAAGAGCCAGCUGCCAGGAGAAGGUAAUUGCUACCCCUUAUUCUGGUGAAUUCCCAGUAGUGAUGUAUGGAAGUGAGAGUUGGACCAUAAAGAAGACUGAUCGCUGAAGAAGAAGAAGAAGAAGAAGAAGAAGAAGAAGAAGAAGAAGAAGAAGAGUUUGGAUUUGAUAUCCUGCUUUAUCACUACCCAAAGGAGUCUCAAAGCGGCUAACAUUCUCCUUUCCCUUCCUUCCCCACAACAAACACUCUGUGAGGUGAGUGGGGCUGAGAGACUUCAAAGAAGUGUGACUAGCCCAAGGUCACCCAACAGCUGCAUGUGGAGGAGCGGAGACGCGAACCCGGUUCACCAGAUUAUAAGUCUACCACUCUUAACCACUAUACCACACUGGCUCUUCAUUGAAUUGAUGCUUUUGAAUUAUGGUGCUGGAGGAGACUCUUGAGAGUCCCAUGGACUGCAAGAAGAUCAAACCUAUCCAUUCUUAAGGAAAUCAGCCCUGAGUGCUCACUGGAAGGACAGAUCCUGAAGCUGAGGCUCCAAGACUUUGGCCAUCUCAUGAGAAGAGAAGACUCCCUGGAAAAGACCCUGAUGUUGGGAAAGAUUGAGGGCACAAGGAGAAGGGGACGACAGAGGACGAGAUGGUUGGACAGUGUUCUCGAAGCUACCAGCAUGAGCUUGACCAAACUGCAGUAGGCAGUGGAAGACAUGAGUGCCUGGUGUGCUCUGGUUCAUGGGGUCACGAAGAGUCGGACAUGACUAAACGACUAAACAACAACAACAUGCUGGUGAAUACAGGCAUUCUGUUGAAUACUGUUGCUAAUUUCUGUAUUUCUGUUCUGUACUGAGACAGAUUCAAGGAGUGGCAAUAGCAUGGGACAAUGGACAGGGUAAUUCCAUUGGCCAACAGUCCAGCCCACAACCUGUAGCACAAUCCUUAAAGCUCUUUUAAAUGGAGAGGUUUUCUUUUUAAAAAAGUUUUCCAAAAUUGCUUGCUCUCUGCUUUUCAGUUAUGAUUGCCUUGGCAGUUGAUAUCUUCCUAAUUCUUAUUGUUUCCCAAGCCUACAGGAAUGAAAGAUUUGCUUUUCAUUCAUAGUGCCCAUGUAAGAUUCUUACAAACCUGCUUGUUAAAUAGCUCCUAAGUCAGCAUCUUAUGUGGAAAGGAAAUUAUGUUUGUCUAGUGCACUUAUAACCCCCCACCCCGCCUUCAAGUCUCAGCUAGGAACUUCAUGCUCUUAUUCAGAUGCUAAUAUAAGCCAUCUGCUUCUUUAACUGAGGCAGGCAACUAAGCCAUGUGACCUCAGUUAUUACCAUUGCCCUCUUUCUGAGAACUCAUUCGCUGUUAAACCCUGAACAAUUAUCAGCUGAUUAGGAUAAUUUUAAAAGAUUUUCAGAAUCCUGGGGCAACCUACUUUCCCAAAUCAUGCAUUGCUGAAUGCACAUUAGUUAUAAAAAGGAAAGCAAAUCUUUUUAAAGACAGAAUUUCUAUUUUAGUGCAUUAGAUUAUUAUACAUUGCUUGUUACAUAGAAUGUAGAUUCUAUAUUAGAUCCCAUUUGCAGAAUUAGAUUUACUGAAUUUGAGGAUACGUAUACAAAAUUAUAGCUUCUUUUAUGGCAAGUGAAGCUUGAUCUGCCAUUUUUAGCAAUGCAUUGUGAUAAAUGUGAACAUUUCUCAGUUAAGGGCUACUUCACCCAUUAGUUUCUUGUUAGCUGAGAGUGUUUGAAUGGAAGAGCAAAAUCUGGUAUGCCUGUGUAUGUUGUCAGGUAUGAAAACUGUGCCAUUUGUCUUUUGCUCUGGAGAGGAACCUUUCGUCAGAUGAAGCACCUCCCCCUUUCCAAAUAAGUUUAAGUUUAUCCUCUUUUUAGAUCAGUAUGGUCCAAAACAAAACGUGGAUAUAUAUUCCUCUUUCUUGUCUACCCCACAGUUUUUUCCUUCUGCUUCCAGUUCCUUCUGGGACAGUUCCCAUCUUUAUGUCAUUUUAUAGAAACACUGUUAAAUGAAAAUGGUGUUCAGCCACCAUGUGAAAAAAGUAUGCACUACAUCUUCUGUGUGGAAUAUCUGGCCCUUGAGCACAAGGCUGUUUGAUGCUAAGCCGCACUCACUUGCCCUACACCUGAAGUCAUAUAUAACAUCAGGGCAGGAAAAGAUGGCAAAGUGUGACUUACCCCUGUGCCUUUGCAAGACCAGCCAUUAAGCUGAUCAAAUGAGCAGCAGGGCUUCCCAAGCACUGAUGAACAACUGAUUGCUGGCACUUGCAAAUCCCUUACCUAAUGUGUCUUCAAAAUCCAUUUGCAGGUAUGGUUUGGAUUCAAAUGAUGCCUUCAGUCAGGGUCAGCCCCCCCUCUGUUUGCAAGCAUGGUUUGAAUCCAAACUGUCUGUAGACCUAGAAGGAAAAUGCCUGUUUGCAUGUACAGCCUGGAAACCAAUCAGCUGAUUGGCACUUCAAAGGAGCUUGCUCUCAGUGCAGAUUGGCACAGAGAGUGAGACCUCUUGAAGCUGUCACCUGAUGUCAGGUGAUUGAUAGGUCUAGUCUUUCUGUCAAAGUUGGCCUGUGUUGUGUGUGAGAGAGACUCCAGUGCGCCAGCUGGAUUCAAUUCACCACCCAUCUACAACAUCUGCUCUAACCAAAAUACUUUUUCAGAAUUUGAAAUAAUAAUCCAUCGAUAUUUCACAAAAUGCAGACACCUAAGUUCAGAAUUUUAUUAAUUAGCUUUUUUUUCAUCCUUCCUUUCAGGGCAACCGUCCUCACAAUACGAUAAAGAACAUGAAAUUACAGUUAGAAAAAGAACAUUUUAAGACUGUGAGAUUUUACCACAUCCGCACCACCAUUUUACACAGGGAAGAAACCACAAAAUAUUGUGUUGGAAAUAGUUAUAUUGCCUUACAGUGUACAGAAAAUGAUGUGGCCAGUUAUACAUAUCUCUUAGCCAGUUUCUAUAAGCCCUAUCUUGAUGUUGGGGGCCAAUUGCCAGUUUUGAUGCAGGACAGACAUCCUGAGUCAUAAAUGUUUAUAUGUUGAAGGGGGUGGGGGAGGAUUUAGCAGGUACAGCAACUGCAUAUCUAAAUCCUCUCAUUUACAUGGUCAUUGAAGGUGCAAAAGAAUCCCAGGUUUAUAUUAAGCCUGAGAAUGUUAAAAUGUUUCACUAAGCAGGAUUUAAAUAUAAAAAUUGUGGAAAUUUCACUGCUUCCCCCUUUCCACUUGUUGAUCACAUUUCAGCAGAUCCUUGUUGGAAUCUCAGACAUUACAAGCUUCCCCAUGUAAAUAUAUGCUAACACAGCUCAUGCUCACCUUUUUGCAUAUACAGUGGUACCUCAGGUUACAUACGCUUCAGGUUACAGACUCUGCUAACCCAGAAAUAGUGCUUCAGGUUAAGAACUUUGCUUCAGGAUGAGAACAGAAAUCGUGCUUCGGCGCAGCAGCAGCGGGAGGCCCCAUUAGCUAAAGUGGUGCUUCAGGUUAAGAACAGUUUCAGGUUAAGAACAGACCUCUGGAACGAAUUAAGUACUUAACCCAAGGUACCACUGUAUGUAAAUUAUCAGAAGAAUUCCGUCUCUCUGGGAAUUGUUGACUGAAAUUUAAAUACAUAGGAACACACCAUAAAGAAGCAGGAAAAAAGAAAUAGAUGUUUCCUAUGAAUUACAAUUCUGUUUUGACAUAACUGUGAUUCGUUUUCUAUUUGAUGAUUUUCUGACCAUUAUUUAAGCAGCUUAAAAAUAUUUUCUUUCCCUCAGAUUUCAAGGGUUUAUACCAAUGUUGCUUUAACUUCACUUUCCCCCUUUUUUAUGUCUCUUCUUCAGCUGGGUGAAGAGACUGGUGUCUUACAUUGUCAACUAAUCCAGAGGACAGUGUGCUUGUACACUACAACCAGGUCAGUGUGUUUGAGUUUCUGUAGUAAGCAUGAAAGACGAUUAACAUAUAAUUAUUUUUAACACUCCCUGAUUCAGAAAUCCCCAACAGUAGAUAGGAUUAGUAGCAUGUAGUUUCUGGACAGAAACAGAUUUAGAGUGUCCCCCCCCGCCCCAUAGGAUAAUGCAAAAUGCAUACAUUUCCUUUUUAUAAAAAAUGAUUUUUAAUUUCAAGUAACAAACAUACAAAACAUACCCAUACAAGGAAAACAGAGUACAGAAAAAGAAAGAAAAACAGUGACUGAUGGUUGCAGUUUUAGAUGUUCCAAGAAAAGCACUCAAAUGAAUAUGUUUCUUCAUAAGGUUCCUUGUGUUGGUGGACAGUGGAAACCAUGUUUGGUUUUCUUAACAAAGUCAAUAAAAGGUGUGAGUCUUUCCCCCUCCCCUCCCCCCCAGCCAGGGCAUAAUUACUUUUAUGAAAUGGCUAAUUUGUCCAUAAGCAUGAUGUCCCAUACUUGUGACAUCCAGGCUUCAAAAAGAUUUGCAUUUAAAUUUUCCUAAAAAAAAUUGCAAUCUCUAAUCUAGCUGCAGUUAAUAAAUGGAGGAUGAAAUCUUUGGUUAAGAUUUCACAGAGAAGCAACUCAGUCUUGUCAUAAUCAAAAUCAUCUCCUGCACACAGAAAAUCCCUUUUGCUCUCCUAAGAUUUCUCUGUAAUACAUGGGGAAAAUUCUUCAGCAUGGUGACACAUUAGUGCUAUUUCCUGAAUGACAUCUCUUUUUGUGGUUUCUGGUUGUCAGGGAACUGCCAUCAGUGCCGGAGGGAGAGAGCAAAAUCCAGAGGGAUUCCAGAGAGCGUCCCGGGAUUGGGAGAGGCAGCCCAUCUUCUGGGGAAGAGAAUCAGCAUAGCACCAGUGGAGAAGGGGGGCAGAUGGGGGAAGCGGCGAGGCGGUCCCAUGACUCCUUGCCGGGGACCAGAGGGGAGAGUAGAGGUCCUCCGCUGCCUACGCCCUCCUUGCGCAGAAGGCUUUCGCGUAGAGAGAGUAGGAGGAGACUAGGCGUCAAAGAGCUUCUUUGCUGGAAGAAGUUUAAGAAACACCCACUGACGGAUUCUGCCAGGGAUUGAGACAGCCACGGGUGAGUGGCUGUCCGGACAGAAAAGGUUCGCUCAGGCAACCCAGCCAGGUGUUUGCACCGGCUUACGCAUGAGCAACCCCUAGAACCACUACACUGGUUUUUAGCCAAUUCUAUUUUUAUAUUUUCUGUAGCCCUUUCCCUCUUAAAAUGAUACCUUUUCUUUCUCCUUCUGUUAUUAAAUCUUGCAUCUUCAGACAUCUUUUGUUUUGAAAAAGGCUUUCAAAAUGGCAAGUGCUCUGAUGCUAUUAGAGCUAAACUAAACACAUAUUUCAUAAAUCAAGUUGCAUAGAAAGAAAUACACGAGGGAGACUAAAUUGUGGCUGCUCGUCCCACUUCUUACCUCCUGUGCAUGAACUGCACCCUCUAUUUUUGUAGUGUACAGAUCGCCCAGAGUUCAGAGUCCUGUGGUCCUCUAGUCGUUGAACUCCAAACCCCAUCAGCCCAAGGUCAGCAGGGCCAAUGAUGAGAACAUUUGGAGAACCGUAGUUUCUUCACCCACUCUGCUCUACUGUUAACCUGGCAUGCCUCUAAAUCUAACCAUGCUCUCAAAGUGAGCAAGUUUUAGUAUUUUCAACUGGAGGAAAGUGAGGGAGGCUGUCACUGAGCUCAGUUAUCUCUCUCUCUCUCUCUCUCUCUCUCCCCCCCCCCACGCACGCGCCUUUCUUGAUAAUAUACAGAUCAUUUUUGCAGACCACAAAAAUCUUCCUUGACACAGCAGGCCUUUUGAGGAUGAUAUUCUUCCUCUUUUGGGGGUGGGAGAGGGAAGCACGGAGGAACCGUCUCUUACUCCAUCUCUAGGAAUACUAUUGGGAGCUAGUCUAGUGGAAAGUAGGGAACCACAUGCAGAGGAGGGAUUGCUGGAUCUGAGUGACAAGAGAAGGCAUGGAUAGUGUGCAUUUUGAAGUGGCUGUUUGGACUCUUGACAGUCUGCCUUGUUGCAGAAGGAAACUCCAGUUUUGGGGUGGGUGAACAACCCUAAGGGAGAGAGUUGGGUUGUCUGUGAAUUGUAGGGACAAGGCAGUGGAGAUAAGCUUCUUUCACUUGCUGGUCUAAUCCUGGCAGGAAGUGGAGCAAUCUUCAUUUUAGGCCACUUUACUUAAAGCCUGGAUGAGAUACUAGAUAGACUGAAGCCACUUGCUUUCAAUUAAUUAGAGUAUUCAUUUUCCUCUACAAUGUGAGAAUUAUUGCAACAAUGUCACCUGGGAUUUUGAACAGAUUAUGAUUGAUUGAUUAUAUUUCUGUGCCCCCUUUUCAUUCAAAUGAAUCUCAAAGUGGCUUACAAACAAUAAACGACAACAACAUAAUAGAACAUCGCAAAGACAACAUAAAUCAUGUAGAAUAAUUAACAAAUCAUCAGUAAAACAAUUACAAAUCAUCAAUAAAUAGCAGUAACAGGGUGAACAGCUUUGUAAACAGAAGUGAUUGUGGAUGUUAGCAAACACAAAAUGGUAUUUUUGAGCCUUCUUUUAAAACUUACAGCAUUUCAUAGUGGGGAGAGGUUAGAAUAAUGUUUGACUCAUGUAGUGAAAGAAAAUGCUAUAAACUGUUGUUAUAUAGAUGAUACUCCCCAUUUCUAACAAAUUAUUUCCCACUAAUGUCCACAUUUUCCCUACUAAUCCAGAAAGCUGUUCCACUUGGGUUCAUAAUCACUUGCUGAGAGCACCUAGAAAUCUUUAAUAUUUCUGGAAUGCAUGAAGUUGCCAUAUACUGAGCCAGACUAUUGUUCCACAUGGCUCAACACUGUCUGUUCUGCUAGCAAUGGCUCUCCAGGGUCCCAAGCAGAAUUCCUUGCCAGAGAUGCUGCCCAAUUAACUAGAAUUGCCAGAGUUGGCACCUUGUCCUUUCUGCACACAAAGCCUGCACUCUUGCUACUAAGCUCAGACCCCUUUUCUAAGUGGUCGUACCACGUUCUUCAUGGGUCUGUUGCCUAAAAAUGUGGAAGCACUCCUUUAAAAUGGUGCAUGUAAGAAUUAAAUAUUUUCUUCUGCCCUUCUAAAAGGUGCUGGGGAUUUCUUCUAGCUAGUCAAAUGAAUUAAAAAUGGCAAGCUUGUUAAUAACUUGGUAGAUGAAUGGGGAAUAGCACUUUCAGAAAAAGAAAAGAGUAACAGAGUUGUGAGAUGUAUAAUUACUCAGCAGCACCUACAAUAUAAUGUUGCCGUCUUCUUCUAAUCAUUUCUGAUGCCCUGUUACGUUUGUCACUUGAAGAAUGCAUGCUUUGUACAGUGAGUCGCCUUCUUUGUGCAUCUGGCACUUGGAGAAGGUGAUGAAUUGGAAGGGCUGACUUGUGUUGAGUGGGAUGUUUGUACACUCAGAGAAACAGGAAUGCAGUCACUGCAGCGUUUUCAGGUGUGUGGGGAACAUUAAGAGGGACUUAAUGUGCAGUACUUUGUGUGGGUGGCAGUAUGACUAAAUAAAAAACCCCCACAGUUUCCAUCCAUACUGAUGUAGAGGUCAACUAACUAUCAUUCACUCACUCACAUGAAAACCAUGAAUAGGCUACUAUGAUGUGCAAGAGUUGUGUGAGAAGUAACUAGAGGAACAUGCCAAGGAAGAGUCAACUCAGAUUCUCCAACCCAUGUUGCUGCUCUCAGAGGGUUUUAAAAAAAUGUUUCUUGGCUCUGAGGAAAUACUGAGAUCCAAUAAGUCAACUGGCACCCAUGUAGGGGAAGCAUAAAGCACUUCCACCCACACACAGGAGGGGGGGAAACCAUGUGCUCUGAUGGCAUCCCCUCUGACAGGGGUGGGCGCCACUUUCAGAGUCAAGGCCUGCAUUUGGGAAAAUGGGAAAAUGGUUAGGCCCACACGCUAGUGACACACUCUGCCGUUUGUAAGUCCAUCUUCCAUUCAUUUUUCUUCCUCAUUCUUAUUCACACUGGCCCUUGCACAGGCACACAAACACUUAACAGAGCAAUCCACAAAAUCAGCUACCAUCUGCUCCCUUCUUUCAGGCUACAAUGUGAACCAAAUUUACCUGGGAGUAAGCCCCAUUGAAUACAAUAGAACAUCUCAAUAUGUGGGACUAGGAUUGCUCUGUCAUUCAACCUCUUCCAGUCCUAUUCCCCGCCCCUCUCUUUUGUCCACACAUGUGCAUGCACACACACACAAUCAUAUCCUUUCAUGCACAACCAUACAAGCACCCACUAUGGCUCAACCUGGUCCUGGGUUGUCCAUGUCUUUGUAUGCUAACAACAAGACCUCAAACAUGACUCAGUAGCUGGCUAGCUGGCAGCCAUUGCGGUUCCCUCAGCACAAGUACAAUUGGUCUGCGGCAGACCAGGUUGUAUCAAAGAUGAAGCCAAGGCUGUGUGCCUGGUCAACAGGGUGAAGGCUGAAGCUGCUGACAGAUAUGGAGAGCAACUAAGGAGAGGAAAGCUUGGGAGGAAGGAGAAGUAGGCCAAGCUGUAUUAAAACGCAGUGUUAUUAACAGCAGAGGUUAAAAUAUCCCAUAUUCGAAUUAGAGGGAGCUUAUCUGUCGUGGGUGAAAAUAACUGAAGGGGAAUCUCUAACAGCAGUAAUGCUAAAUAAUGCUGAGUCAUUCCCUUUCUCAAAGCAUUGCAUUGCAAACAGUGAGGAUACAUUGCAGGCACUGAGGUUUUGCAGUGUUCAGGCCGCCAUCUUAACAGCUUCUCCCUUCAAAGUGAUGGGGAUUUUGCUAGUUUGAAGUUCAACACAGGCUGUUCUGAGGAAGAGGGAAAUAGCCCUACACAUAUGUCAAUCUAAUCUCAAAAGAAACGAUGAACAUUCUUUUUACAAGAGCAAUCAGAUCCAGCAUUGGCCAUGGUGGUUUAAAUGCAGUGCUAAUGUUGCUAAUUAUUUAUUUGGAACCAACAGUGUACAAUAGUACACAUAGUAAUUCCCUGCUAUUAUCAAUAAAUGCACAAGCAGUCGGCAGGUUCCUUGUUUGCUGCUGAUCUCUGGAAUAUGAAACAUGCAGGGAGAAUAGCAGAUGAAUAUUUCCCUUUAACUGAUUCAUUGGCACCAGGACAACUAUCAGCAUGGUUCAAUUCAAGCCUUUAAACAAAACUGUACCAGUAGGUUUAUGCUGCUUGAAUUGAGCACCAUUUGCUGUUUAAUUUAUGUUGCUUACAUAGGACACUUUAUUUUUUUUAAGAUGCUCCAAAAGAGCAUCUACCAUAGAGGGUAGUAAAUAGAAGGUCCCUCAAUAAUAUGUCUAGUAUAGGUGAUUAAUCUAUAGCACAAAUGCCCCAAUUUUUAGUUUCUUUUCCUCUUGCCCAUCUUACAAAGAGGGAAAAGCAGCUUCUGGGAAAGGUUAGUGGAAUCUGGAAAGAUACGAGCCAGAGGGAUCUGGUAUUAUACAGGGAGGGGCUGUCACGUGCAUUUUGCUCCAGCUGUAGCUCUGCCAAUUCUGUGGCAUCUUCCAAAAGGCUUCUUUUAUUUCCUAGGCUGCCGGUUAAUCUGCAUUCUGAUCCACCUUAUUGGGUAUAACAGAUUUGAACUUUCAGGUGCUCAUGUUGGCAAGCAGGUGAGACUUGAGAAUUAUGCAAGACCAAGAGCAUCUGUCCAGAGCUAUGACAGCUCAGAGUAGAGGCCUAAUGCUGACAACAGUAAGCAUGCACAGUAUAAAUGGAAGGCGAAAGAACUGUAUUGGGAUUCCGGUUAUUUUCAUACUUACUUUGCUACAUCCUUUAUAAGAAUCUUCGAUAGUAAAAAAACAACAACCCCUAAUUAAUUAGUGUACAGAGAGGAUGAAUGAAUAAAAUCUCAAUUUUAUAUAAAAAAAUCCCAAUAUUACUAUCUUACGCAGAACUUAACACUCUGGAGACCAUCAGAUCUAAGAGCCUGUUGAAAUCAUAUCUAUAUAUCAAAAACUAUUUAGGACACUACUUAAAAGACGACUUGAUUUUUUUUCUGCAUUAUAUUCUUUUUAUCUGCACUCCCUUGUGAUAAUGACAGUCUGGUAGUAGGUUUUCUGGAGUAUUGUCAAUUUUCAAGACAUUUACUUCUUUGUGGAGUUUAAUCUUUGUUUAAAACACAAGGGAGGCUGUUAAAAGUAAGCAGUCAAAAUUCUGCCAAAUGCAUGUCUCUUGAGUCGUAGACAUUCACCUGCGCAGAGCAGGAAUAUGUAUAGCAAGCAGGCAAUGGGAUACUAUGGUGGCCCAGCAGGCUUGAUUUCCAUAUUUCUCUUGGAGCAGACGGUUAUUUCAAAUUGAAUUGCUGGCCCAGCUUGCAUGUCACAUUAAAAACCAUGGCUUAAACAAACUAUGGUUUGAUUUACUAGUGCAUGCUGCUGAAGAAAAUUACUACAAUACAGGGGUACCUCUGGUUGUGGACACGAUCUGUUCCGGAGUGCCAUUCACACCCCGAAAAGUCUGUAACCAGAGCGGCGCUUCUGCGCAUGUGCGAAGUGCGAUAGAGCACUUCUGCGCAUGCGCGAACCACGCAGAACACUUCUGCGCAUGUGCAAACCACGCAGAAUGCUUCUGCACGUGUGCGCACAGUGAAACCUGGAAGUAAACACUACCGGGUUUGCCGUGUUCUUAACCCGAAAAAACGCAACAUGAAGCGUUUGCAAGAAGAGGUAUGACUGUACCCCUCUUCUGUUCCUGCUCCUGAUUCACUGCAGAGGAGAUAAAAUGAGCCAGAGUCUGGUUUGUCUUGUCCUCCAAACCCAGGCUCAUGGUUUGUUUGGUUUAUUUCAAACUAUGGUUUAAUGUUAUUUGUGAACCAAACCUCCCUCUGAUUAGUUCUGAUUUACUUUCUGUAUGUGAUUUCCAGAUGACUUGUUUAUUGAGCAUUCACCUUGAUUUGUUUGUACACAGUUUGCAGGAAGGUUGGGCAACAUUGGCAAUUUACAGAGAAUUCAUUCUACUUUGUUUGCAGGAAGGUUACAUGAUGUUGUGUCAGUUAAUUACUAUAUCGCACUUUCCAGUACACUUUCCUGUCACAAGGAGUCCAAGUUUGGGAGGAAGUGGUUUUGUGGCACAAGAGUGGCUGAGGCAACCAAGUCAGAUGGGCAGGGUAAAAGCAAAUCAUUGUCAUCAUCACAAAAUCAACUUUAAAUAUGGAAAUUGAAUUUGUCAAGAUGUGAUUGAGUUCCACCUGAAGAAAGCAACACUCUGGAAGCACCUUGCAUAUUAUUGUGUAAGCUGGGUGGAGGUUUAAGAAUGUGUAUACAGUUGUACCUUGGUUUUGAUCAGCUUAGUUCUCGAGCGUUUUGGCUUCCGAACGCUGCAAACCCAGAAAUGAGUGUUAUGGUUUGCGAACUAUUUUUGGAAGCCAAACGUCCGACGGGGCUUCUGCGGCUUCCUGCAGCUAAUCAGAAUCCGUGCUUUGGUUUCCGAACGUUUUGGGAGUCAAACAGAUUUCCGGAACGGAUUCUGUUCGACUUCCCAGGUACAACUGUAUUCUGAAUGUAUAUUCUGUUGAAAGCAGUGGGCAGCAUCUAUAUCUGAUGCAUAUUCCAAUGCACACCCAGUUUAUGCCUACAGUUCCUGAAAGAAAAACAAAAAAACCGACUUUGUUGAAUGUCUGUGUAUAUCUAAAAUUAUGGGGCAGAAAAGUGAAAAGCUCCACAGAAAGCCAUCCAUGCACACAUCCCUAAUAAUAAUAUAAAUGCCUUUCCAAAUCAAUGUGAAAAGUUAGUCAUCACUAAUUUAACUCACAUUGAUUUCAAAGGAACCAAAGUGCAACUACCUUGGUCUGGAUGGAAACUAAUGAUUUGACAGGGUUUCGGUGCAUGGAGCAAUAAAACCAUGGAUAGGAUUCAACUAAGUUGUUCUGUGUGCAGAACAAAAUCUGCUUGCACAAUGGGAUUUUCUCCUCCUUCUCCAACCUGUACCCUCAACAUUUGCUCUGGAGGGUUGGGGGACCCCCAGUAUAGGUUUAAGGGAUGCAAAGAGGCAUGCCUAGGGUAGGAGAGAGUGGAAAAUAUUGCAUGAGCAUACCUUGUUUUUCACAUGCAUACCUGCUAUGUUGAAUUUCACUCCAUGUCUCUGUACAAGUGUAGUAUUUAGUAGCCGUCCCCAAGAAUAUUCAGCUUUUGUUUGAAAAUAUAAAAUAACGUUCUAGCAUUUGUGGCUGCAAAAUGUGAAAAUGUAGACUAUAUAUGGAAAAAUGUCAGAAGGCAUCACUGGACAGUUAGGCAGAAGGGGUUGAAUAUGUUGGUUGGGAUCUAAUACCCUAUUGAUGUGACCUCAGCCCAUGAUUAUUGCAAGCAGAUUAGGACUACAGCCUUGUGCCCACUUACCUGAGAAUGCACCUCAAUGAAGUCAGGUGGGAAAUGUGCACAGGAAUGCGUAAUAGAUACAUGGUCGCACAAAUACAUAACCACAAUUUAUAAAGGCCUCAAUAUUCAUUUUUUUAAAAAACAAAAAAUUACAUAAAAUUGUGUACCAAUGUAAAAAGCAAAAAGUAAAAAGAAGUGCUGAAUAAGCCUUCAAUCCUAACCCCUCUCUCCUGGAAAUUUAAUAGGAUGUGCUUCUGAGUAGACAUGGUUAGGAUUGCAUUAUAAUUCAUGCAAAGCAAUGAUAUUGAGCAGCAUAAUCAUGAAAUGAAAAGUUCAAGUUUUGUAUUUAAGCUGGGAGGAGUGCAAUAGAGCUGAAAAUCAUAGUCAAGUUUCCAGUCUCUACCCUUUUCCAGCAAACGUGCAGUGAGCAAAUAUAUUAAAAGACAAAGAAUAUUUGUUCAUAUCUUUUUUUGCUCAGUUACUGAGUGUUCAAGUUUCCAUUCCCCUAAUGUGUAGAGAAAAGAACAGUGAGGAAAAGUACAGUGAUGACCAGUGGAAUCCACGUUGUUGUGCACACUUAUUUUCCAUAUUUCUCCCCAACUCGUAUCAUGUUGUCGUUGAAUCUGACUUGCUUAAUUAGACCUCCUGCCUGGCUCCAGCUCAAUGUGCCAAGAUUCAGACAAAGUGACCCCACCCCUUCCUAUUACUUUGCUUUCUAGGUUCACAGAGAUAAAAGAGACACUUCUUUCCCCUCUAACUAUGCUGGAAAAGAGGCCUCAUUAAACCAAUUUCUUGGAGGAAUGGAUACCAGCAUGUUAAAUGGGUUCUCUGUGCACAUUGUGAAAGGGAUUGUGUAACAUCAGUUAGAGGCUGGACAGUGAGGCGACUCAGCAACAGUUUCCUGUGUUUUAUUUUCAGUCAUUUACAAAUCACAGACCUGGCUCUUCAGGCAUUUUGUUAGACCAGAGCUAAGCAACAAUUGGGAUGCUUUCUCUUUAGCAUCACAGCUCUUGAUAGCUCCUGUCCCAUGCCUAAAAUAAUAAGCCACACUAGUGAGGCUCUAAAAGAAAUGACCCAUAAAGGAUCGAUGAUGAGACAACAUGUCUCAUGUUGUGUUGCAUGGAUUUAUAUAAGAACAACAACCCAGUUUGCACUUAACACUAAACCCGGCUAAACCAUGAUUUGAUUUAGGGCAGAUCCACUCCAUAAAUUUAAAGCACAAUCAAUGCACACAUCUUCCUCUAAAGAAUCCAGGUAACUGCAGUUUGUUAAAAGUGCUGGGAACUGUAGAUCUGUUAAGGGAGGGUGGACCACAGUUCCCAGGAUUCUUUGGCAAACCAUGUACUUUAACCAUGCCCUUGAUGUGCUGAUGGUCUGGCUUUGUCCUAAGUGCGUCAUCCAAAAUGUCUUGAAACUGCGGUUUCCUCCUAAUAUUUUUCUGGGCUACCCCAUUCAACAACUGUUGAAAGCAGCAGGGCCAACUCUAGAUGGGGCAAGGCAGCAGAUUUUAGAAUAGUAUUAAAAGACGGAAAAAUGUUAAUUAUUUAGUGAAUUGUGAGUUUUUAAAUUAAAAAACCCACAUGUUUUUGGGUUUUAGUAUCUGGUACAUAUGAGAGAGGGGGGACGCGGGUGGCGCUGUGGGUUAAACCACAGAGCCUAGGGCUUGCCAAUCAGAAGGUCGGCAGUUCGAAUCCCCGCGACGGGGUGAGCUCCCGUUGCUCGGUCCCUGCUCCUGCCAACCUAGCAGUUCGAAAGCACGUCAAAGUGCAAGUAGAUAAAUAGGUACCACUCCUACGGGAAGGUAAACGGCAUUUCCGUGUGCUGCUCUGGUCUGCCAGAAGCGGCUUAGUCAUGCUGGGCACAUGACCCGGAAGCUGUACGCCGGUUCUCUCGGCCUAUAAAGCGAGAUGAGCGCCGCAACCCCAGAGUCGGUCAUGACUGGACCUAAUGGUCAGGGGUCCCUUUACCUUUACCUUUAGAUAUGAGAGAUGGUCCAUCUUUUAGAGAAAUAACAGUCACUAGUGUGAUAGCACUGACAUGCAAAGGCUAUGAAGGCUGUAGAUUGAGCCUUAGUUCUAGUGAGCUAGCUCUGCUAUCUUAAACUGUGUUAAACUAUGCUAUGUUAAACUAUGCGAUGCACAACACCAGACCCUCCAAGUGCCCCUAUUUUCAGGGACGUCCUGAUUUAGGGAAGCUGCCCUGGUUUCUGAUUUAAACCUGGAAUGACCCACUUUUCCUUAGGAUGUCCCUGUUUUCAUUAGAGAAAUGUUGGAGGGUAUGGAGUUAUCCACCCCUUGAGCCAUCUGAAGGCAAUCCUGUAUAGGAAAGUUUUUUUAUGCUUAAUGUUUUAUUAUGUUUUUAUAUAUGUUGGAAGCUGCCCAGAGUGGCUGGGGCAACCCAGUAAAAUGUGUGGGGUAUAAAUAGUAAAAUUAUCAUUAUGGAAUGGGGUGUUUCUGUUUUCGUCAGAGAAAUGUUGGAGGGUAUGCCACACCCUUUGUGGUUUAAAGAAGGAAAGGAUUCCAUGACACACUCUCCAUCCGCUAAGAGAGAGAUUUAUUGCCUGCAUGAGAGUGUGUGUGUGUGUGUGUGUGUGUAUGAGAAAUAAUUAAAUUAAAUUGUGUUGGAUGAUGUCUUAGGUUGUGUCUCUGCAGUGGUGCUCAGUUCAGCAACUCAGAGAUGGAUGGAUUUGACUCACACUCUCAUAUUGCGCAGUCAGCUUUGUUGUCUGCUAUGUGCUAUAUCUAGUACAGGUUCCAUUGCUGACUUAAAUCUUCAGCCAAAUUUUAAUUUAAGAAGCCAGAUUUUCUGGACUGUGAAUGGCCUUGCAUUUAGAUCUUGCCAUUUGAAAGAUAAGAGUGACUUAAUUUGAGAGCAGCCUCGCAAUAAGUACAAUUGCUGAUUAUUUGUCCUGGUGUGUGAACAUUUGGCUUUCAGAGACCCUCAUCUGGCAGACAUGCAAAUGAACGAGUAACAUUAAUAGUUAAGAGUGGGGCCUUUUUAUUGUUUGAGGGGGUGGACUGUAUGCUGAGACCCUUCUCAUUCCUGAGUGCAGCAACUGUUAAAAUCUAAGCAAGGAUUCAGAUUUCGGGAACAGCCAGUCUAGCUUCCUGGUGAGGUAAUGGCCUAUGUGUGGGGUGUUAAAGGAUCAAAGGAAGGGGUUCUGUGCCAGAAAACAGAUGGGUGGGCUAUCUUUGAGUUGAGGAGUCACGAGCUGUGCUGGCCUGAUUAAGCCCAUUUCCCAUAUGGACUAGAUGACCCUUGUCGUUCCUUCCAACUCGACAGUUCUGUGAUUCUGUGAUUCCUGCAUUGUUCUUUAUCAGUGCAGCCUUGGUUUAGACCCCUUACUUCUGCUCUGGUAAUGCUGCAACCUAUUAUGGUGAUAUCUGUUUACUCUGGCAGAGCUGCAGGAGAUAGACACCGGUGCCGUUGCUGACAUUUUUUAACACACAUGCAUACCACAGUUCAAGAAAACCUGGCAAUUACACCAAGAGCUGGUGCUCUUUAUAAUACUCAUUUAAAUCUCGGCCCCACCCCCUUCACCAUGACUUUAAAAUUAGAGUGAAGAAAAAUGAGCAAGAGAGCCUUGCUGUCACUUUAUUUUUGACAAGGCAAUUACUGUGUUGUGUUCCAUAACUCAGAUCUGGAUUUGUGGCUGUAGAUGGAAAUUGUUGUCUUGAUGCUGGUGCUAAGUUAGAAAAAGAACUUAGUUUUUUUAAAAAAACACAACUUUAUAGAGCUGUGUAAAGUUUCAUUUAGUAGUUCAAUGUAUGUAUGCUUAUUUGUCCGCCACCCCAUACUUGAGAGGAGGCAGGCCCUGUGGAGGCUUAGCCUGCUUUAUCUCCACAAAGCUAGAGCACUCCAUAAUACCUUUACCCAGCUGCAACUCACUAGCAACGGCCACCCUACUCAAACUCAAGAGAGCCUCUUUAGUGCUGUUUAAUGUCUGUUUCACCCCCUGUCAAAAAAAAUCGGCAAUUAAGGCCGCAUGGGCAGAUUUAGAGGCCUACCUACCCUACUGCUCCACUUAUUAUCGGCAGAGACUUCAAUGCCCAAACGGGAACAGAUGAUAACUGUCUAUACACUCAGUACAACCAGUUCCUGGACCAUGAUAGCCAGACAGCUAUAGGCGUUACUCGCCUCUCUAAAGAUCACAAAUGCAACUUUUCAGGGCUCUGCUUAGCCCUGGUCGCAAAACGGAGGGAACUGUUGAUAUUAAACGGCAUCAAAGAGGGGGGCCGACCUGGGGAAUACACACAUUUUUCCAAGGCUGGUGGAAGUGUUAUAGAUUAUAUUCUAAUCUCAAGAUUCGCGUAUGGCUUUGUCACGAAGUUUCAAGUGGGCCAUAACACUGAGAGUUACCAUCUCCCUCUAACUUUAGUGUUUGAAGGCCCGCCUUUCGAAAAAUCCAUUGCCAACCCACAAUAUACUCCCACGGUGAAUUUGGGUAUACCGGCUCCCCAAAGAAUUAAAUGGUCCCCCGUGCUGAAUGCAGGCCUCCUUCAAUCAGUGGAGCUAAAGAACAUAUAUUCUGCUAUUGUUUCGACUAACUCCACGGCUGUGGUCCUAGAGCUUUUUAAGAUACUUAUAGAAAAGCUGAAAACACAAUUAUCAUCUGCGAUACAGAAUACAGCCAUAAAGAGGGCGAGGGGUCUAGCAAGCUGGUUCGACGCAGAGUGCAGACAAACAAGGAAGCAUUUGAGAACAAUUUAUCGCAAAUAUAGGAAUACUGGGGCACUCCCUUUAUUUACCGCAUAUAUCUCCAUAAGACGGAACUGCCAACAACUAUUAAAGAAGAAAAAACAAAAAGCUGAGUAAAUCGCAUGGCAAAGCCUGGUCAAGGCUUCGCACAAGAAAGACCUAAUUUGCUUUUGGCGUACCAUAUCUGGCCUACUGGACCAGGAGUGUAACAGACUUAUUUGUACCGUUGAACCCCGAGAGUGGAUCUGAUACUUUCAAUCAUUGUUUUAUUAUAAGGAAGCUCAGUUUAACAAGCCAAGCGUGCAACCAGAGGUUUCACCUCACUGGCCACCUGUAAGCACAGAGGAGGUAGAGAAUUUGAUUGCACAGCUAAAGAACAACAAGGCCCCUGGCAUAGAUUAUAUUCCCGCAGAACUUCUGAAGACCAACAUUGGGUGGUGGGCCCCCCUGCUGGCGACAAUAUUCUCCCACAUUGAUUCAACAGGCCUAUUUCCCUAAGGGUGGGCCGAGGCGAUAAUCAUCCCAAUUUAUAAAAAGGGCCCCACAUCGGACCCAGCGAGUUACAGACCUAUUAGUCUUUUACCUAUACCUAGCAAAUUAUAUGAAAAACACCUCUAUAUCAAAUUAAUUAGUUGGAUGGACACUGAGGCUAUCUUGGCGGAGGAGCAAGCUGGAUUUAGGCAAGGCAGAUCUACCAUAGAUCACUGUUUUGUCUUAGCACAUCUUAUUGACAAAUACGCCAAGAAAACCCGUGGCGUCUUAUAUGCAGCCUUCAUUGAUUUGAAGGCUGCCUUUGAUUCAAUUUCAUGAGUAAGACUCUGGGCCAAAAUGAAUACAUCCAGUAUAGAUAAAAGAUUGUUAUUUUUGAUUAAUGGCCUAUAUAAAGAUACUGUGUUGUACGUAAGAUCCUCCACAAAUGGUCAACUCAUAGGCCCUGUACCAGCCACCAAGGGGGUUAAACAAGGCUGCAUUUUAGCUCCAGCUUUAUUUAACCUAUAUAUCCAGAAGAUCAAAAGAGACCACGAGGCUCUGGGCAGGAAAUUGAAGCAAUUAAAUGCACAAAUUGUCAUCUCAUCUGUCCUCCCAGUUGAAUGACGUGGCCCAGGGAGAGAGGGAAAAAUAGUGGAAAUGAACAGCUGGCUUCGCAAAUGGUGUAAACAGGAACAGUUUGGAUUCUUAGAUCAUGGACUGCAGUUUCUUGAAGAUGGACUUCUGGCAAGCGAUGGUCUGCACCUCACAACGGUUGGGAGGAAUGUUUUUGCAAAAAUCUCAGAAACCUCAUCAGGAGGGCUUUAAACUGACUAAUGUGGGGGAGGGAGACAGUGCUCCUGCAGGUAGGAGUCUAUCAAUUGAUGAAGAUGAUCAUCCAAAUGUCAUAGACCAAAUGGAGCAAACAGCACGCAGACCUAGUGGUGGGAGGAAAAAACCCUUAAAUAAGAGACACGGGGGAAUGAUUAAUGGACUUCAAUGUCUGUACACUAAUGCGCAAAGCAUGGGAAAUAAACAAGAUGAGCUUGAGCUCUUGGUACAGCAAACUAAAUAUGACAUAAUAGGCUUCACUGAAACCUGGUGGGAUAAGUCCCACGAUUGGAAUGUAAUAAUGGAGGGAUACAAUCUAUUUCAGAGAAACAGGCCAGACAAGAAAGGAGGAGGAGUGGCGUUAUAUGUCAGGGAUGUGUAUACCUGUGAAGAGAUCCAAGAUUUAGAACCUCAAAGCCAAAGUGAGAGCAUUUGGGUCAAAAUCAAGGGAGAGAAGAAUAACAGUGACCUCAUUGUGGGAGUUUACUAUAGAUCCCCAAGCGAAACGGAGGACAUAGAUGAUGCCUUCCUGGAACAGAUGGCCAAGCAUGCAAAAGGAAGGGAGAUAGUAGUAAUGGGGGACUUCAAUUACCCGGAUAUUUGUUGGAUGUCAAACUCAGCCAAGAGCAUAAGGUCAAACAGAUUCCUCACUGGCCUUGCAGACAACUUCAUUGUCCAGAAAGUGGGAGAAGCAACAAGAGGAACAGCCAUUUUAGAUCUGGUCCUAACCAAUGUUGAUGACCUGGUUAGUGAGGUAGAAGUGGAAGGAUCAUUAGGCGCGAGUGAUCAUGCUCUUCUGAAGUUUACUAUACAGCGGAAAGGAGCAGCCAAGCAUACUAGGACUCAAUUUCUUGACUUUAAGAAAGCCGACUUCAUAAAACUUAGGGAAGUCCUGGGUGAGAUCCCGUGGACAGUAAUACUAAAAGGAAAGGGAGUUCAUGAUGACUGGGAGUUUGUUAAGAGGGAGAUAGUAAAAGCACAACGUCAGGCAAUACCAAUGAGACGGAAACAUGGAAGGUGCCUAAAGUAGCCAGGGUGGCUAUCUAAAAUUUUUUUAACUGAGUUAAGAUUAAAAAAGGAUGUGUACAAAAAGUGGAAAAGGGGGGAAACCACCAAAGAGGAAUUCAAACAAAUAGCCAGCACGUGUAGACACAAAGUCAGAAAAGCUAAAGCACAGAAUGAACUCAGGCUUGCUAGAGAGGUUAAAAGCAACAAAAACGGCUUUUAUGGGUAUGUUCGUAGCAAAAGGAAGAACAAAGAAACAGUGGGGUCACUCAGAGGAGAAGAUGGUGAAAUGCAAACAGGGGACACAGAAAGGGCUGAACUCCUCAAUGCCUUCUUUGCCUCAGUCUUCUCCGAUAAAGAAAACAAUGCCCGACCUGAAGAAUUUGGAGCAAAUGAUUCAGCAGAGGAAACACAGCCCAGAAUAACUAAGGAGAUAGUACAAGAAUACUUGGCUAGUUUAGAUGUAUUCAAGUCUCCAGGGCCAGAUGAACUGCAUCCAAGAGUAUUAAAAGAACUGGCAGAUGUGAUCUCAGAACCACUGGCAGUCAUCCUUGAGAAUUCCUGGAGAACAGGCGAAGUCCCGGCAGACUGGAGGAGGGCAAAUGUUGUCCCUAUUUUCAAAAAGGGGAAAAGGGAGGACCCAAAUAAUUACCGCCCAGUCAGUCUGACAUCAAUACCAGGGAAGAUUCUGGAGCAGAUCAUUAAGCAAACAGUCUGUGAGCACCUAGAAAGGAAUGCUGUGAUCACCAAUAGUCAGCAUGGAUUUCUGAAAAAUAAGUCAUGUCAGACUAACCUGAUCUCGUUUUUUGACAGAAUUACAAGCUUGGUAGAUGAAGGGAACGCAGUGGAUGUAGCCUACCUUGAUUUCAGCAAGGCAUUUGACAAGGUGCCCCAUGCUAUUCUUGUAAAGAAGCUGGUAAAAUGCGGUCUUGACUAUGCUACCACUCAGUGGAUUUGUAACUGGCUGACUGACCGGACCCAAAGGGUGCUCAUCAAUGGUUCCUCUUCAUCCUGGAGAAGAGUGACUAGUGGGGUGCCACAGGGUUCUGUCUUAUUCAACAUCUUUAUCAACGACUUGGAUGAUGGACUCAAGGGCAUCCUGAUCAAAUUUGCAGAUGACACCAAACUGGGAGGGGUGGCUAACACCCCAGAGGACAGGAUCACACUUCAAAACGACCUUGACAGAUUAGAGAAUUGGGCCAAAACAUUUUUUUAAAAAUGAUAUUUAUUAAAGUUUCAAAAAAUACAAAAAAUACAAAAUACAGAAAAAAGAGUAAAGUUUUUUUUAAAAAUAUAACAAAAAAGUAAAAAAUAAACAAGAAACAUACAAAAUAAAACUGUUAAAAAAAGACAUUAAUUUUCCAAACCUAUCUUCCCUAGACUUAUUUCCCCGGACCUCCUCAUACCUCCCUUUUUUGUAUUCCAAUUCAGUUUGUUAGUUCAGCAAAUCCUUACCAUUAAACUUUUGCCCAAUUGUAAACCUUUUUGUUUUCAUAUCUCUUAAAGCAUUACAGCUAAAAACCUCUUAGUUUCUAUCCAACAUCCUUCUAAGAUUCAUUAAUUUUACAAUAUUUCUAUAAAUAGUCUUUAAAUUUCUUCCAGUCUUCUUUGACCGACUCUUCUCCCUGGUCUCGGAUUCUGCCAGUCAUUUCUGCCAAUUCCAUGUAGUCAAUCACCUUCAUCUGCCAUUCUUCCAGAGUUGGUAGAUUUUGUGUCUUCCAAUACUUUGCGAUGAGUAUUCUUGCUGCUGUUGUAGCAUACAUAAAGAAAGUUCUGUCCUUCUUUGACACCAAUUGGCCGACAAUGCCCAGGAGAAAGGCCUCUGGUUUCUUCAAGAAGGUAUAUUUAAAUACCUUUUUCAGUUCAUUAUAUAUCAUUUCCCAGAAAGCCUUAACCUUUGGGCACGUCCACCAAAGGUGAAAGAAUGUACCUUCAGUUUCUUUACAUUUCCAGCAUUUGUUGUCAGGCAAAUGAUAGAUUUUUGCAAGCUUGACUGGGGUCAUGUACCACCUGUAUAUCAUUUUCAUAAUAUUCUCUCUUAAGGCAUUACAUGCCGUGAACUUCAUACCUGUGGUCCAUAACUGUUCCCAGUCAGCAAACAUAAUAUUAUGUCCAACAUCUUGUGCCCAUUUAAUCAUAGCAGAUUUCACCGUUUCAUCCUGAGUAUUCCAUUUCAACAGCAAGUUAUACAUUCUUGACAAAAUCUUAGUUUUGGGUUCUAACAAUUCUGUUUCUAAUUUUGAUUUUUCCACCUGGAAGCCAAUUUUCUUAUCCAAAUUGUAUGCCUCCAUUAUCUGAUAAUAAUGAAGCCAAUCUCUCACUUUGUUUUUUAAUUUCUCAAAACUCUGCAAUUUCAGUUUGUCUCCAUCUUGUUCCAAAAUUUCCCAAUAUUUCGGCCAUUUGGCCUCCAUAUUGAGCCUUUUCAGAACUUUCGCUUCCAUCGGUGACAACCACCUUGGGGUUUUAUUUUCCAAUACAUCCUUAUAUCUUAUCCAAACAUUGAACAACUGGGCCAAAACAAACAAGAUGAAUUUUAACAGGGAGAAAUGUAAAGUAUUGUAAAAAAAAAUGAGAGGCAAUGUAAAGUAUUGUAAAAAAUGAGAGAAAUGUAAAGUAUUGUAAAAAAAAUGAGAGGCACAAAUACAAGAUGGGUGACACCUGGCUCGAGAGCAGUACAUGUGAAAAGGAUCUAGGAGUCUUGGUUGACCACAAACUUGACAUGAGCCAACAGUGUGACGCGGCAGCUAAAAACGCCAAUGCAAUUCUGGGCUGCAUCAAUAGGAGUAUAGCAUCUAGAUCAAGGGAAGUAAUAGUGCCACUGUAUUCUGCUCUGGUCAGACCUCACCUGGAGUACUGUGUCCAGUUCUGGGCACCACAGUUCAAGAAGGACACUGACAAACUGGAACGUGUCCAGAGGAGGGCAACCAAAAUGGUCAAAGGCCUGGAAACGAUGCCUUAUGAGGAACGGCUAAGGGAGCUGGGCAUGUUUAGCCUGGAGAAGAGGAGGUUAAGGGGUGAUAUGAUAGCCAUGUUCAAAUAUAUAAAAGGAUGUCACAUAGAGGAGGGAGAAAGGUUGUUUUCUGCUGCUCCAGAGAACUGGACACGGAGCAAUGGAUCCAAACUACAAGAAAGAAGAUUCCACCUAAACAUUAGGAAGAACUUCCUGACAGUAAGAGCUGUUUGACAGUGGAAUUUGCUGCCAAGGAGUGUGGUGGAGUCUCCUUCUUUGGAGGUCUUUAAGCAGAGGCUUGACAACCAUAUGUCAGGAGUGCUCUGAUUGUUUAUUUCCCAUGCUUUGCGCAUUAGUGUACAGACAUUGAAGUCCAUUAAUCAUUCCCCCGUGUCUCUUAUUUAAGGAUUUUUUCCUCCCACCACUAGGUCUGCGUGCAGACAAGAGGUGGGUUUCUCCUAAUGGGUGAAUUGGCACUCAUGGUUUGUUUUCUGCAAAAAAUAAUAUGCAGUAAGCCCAGGUUCGCUCUGCAUUUGCCUCACUAUGCCAGGUAUGGCAUGGUGUAUUUUCUUCUGGGAUAUUUGAAUGAUGUCAUGUUACUUUAGCUAACCCCACCCUUUACUCUGAAAGCGGUGUAGAGAACCUGUGGCUCUUUAGCUGUUGCUGUACUACAAUAUCCAUCAUCUCUGACCAUUCGUCAUGUAAACUGGGGCCAUUGGGAGUUGGAGUCCAACAAUAUCUGGAGGUAAUUUACACUAAAAAAAAAAAGAAUGUUUAAAUUUAUGAAAACACUGGCAGUGUUUUUCCGGUGAGCCUGGUGAGGAACCUAGGGACACGAGGGGAACCUUGGAGGCUGAGAAAUGAAACUCUAAACCAGAAGUGGCUUAUUAACAAAGUGCUGCUUCUGUCAGAGAUAUAUGAGGUCAUGAGAAAAGGUUGACAGUGAGCAGUGAGGGUUCAUAAAAUAUUAGGGCAAAGUGGAAUCAGCCAUGGAUUCAAUACUGCUAUGAUUUAGUACAUUGCUGUUGCUGGCAAUGAAAAUUAAUUUCUGGUAUGUGUUACACAGACCAAAGUUUUGCUUAUAUACAGAAAGAAAGUAGCUGAUCCACAAUAAAAAAAAUAAGCACUGGCAGGAACUUAAUGCUUUUCUUAGAAUCUACUGAAUGUCACAAAGUAUUGCGGGGUAGUAAGUCAGUUUAGGGUUGUUGUUUUUUAAAGAGAGUUCUUCCCCAAGUUUGAUCUUAAGUGAAGGCUCACCUGCAAAAUGUGACUGUCUUAAGAGAUGCUGAUUUGGGAAGGUUUUCUGUAAACCAUGCCAAAGCGAGGCAUUAACUGGGACAAUGAAGAAAUGGCUACUCUCCUUUUCAAAAUGCAAAAGCCUUAGAUCUGCCUCUAGUUUUUGUUGCAAUAAUUUUCAUUUAGUGCAGUACCAGAAAAAUUGUGUCAAAUAACUACUACCCAUUAAUUAUACCAGGGAAUGUGAGAGCAGAAAAGAAAAGAAAAGUUGAAACAGGUGCACAGAUAGACAUUUAAACAGAUGGAGCAUAGAAUGACUGAUUUUGCUUCAUGGCCAGGGCUACCAUUAUUGAGCUGUGACCUGCCUGGUCAUCAAACUUCAGUUUUAUCUGUUACACCAGAAGAAUCUGACACUAAAGUCUGUAAACCAUACCUGAAGGUCAGGAGUUAAGCAUCUUUGGACUGGCAAGAUUGUGUGCAUGACACCUUAGUAUAUCAUAGUACCAUUAUCUGGUUUAGAACUUAAUUUUAACAUUGAGAGUUUUGCUGGAGACAAAUAGACACACAUUCAAUCUGCUAAAAGUUAAGCCAUUUGUAAAAUAAAAGUGUCAAAACAUCCUCGGUGUAGGUAUGUGUUUGAUUAAUAUGCUAAAUAGAUUAGGGCAGCUAAAUCCAAGCCAUGUUCCUUGACAAUAAUCCCAAGAUGUCUGUACUUGUAGAGUAUUCAUGAGGGAAAUGAAAUCCACUUUUGCAGUGGGUGUUUUUCACCUCUCCUCAUGCAGCCUCUGUGUGCCCCUUAAACCUAUUCUAUCUCCCCUCCAAUUUUCCAGAGCAGAUUUUUUUGGGGUGGGCAGGGGUGGGAGUCACCACCUCCUCUAUUUGCACAUGCAACAACUUAGUUGAAUCCUCCCCAUAGUUAUAAUUUUCUAGUCGUAUACUGUAUAACAUUUUUCAGCAUCAGAUUGGAGAUCUUGUCUCCUUCAAAUAAACUAGAAGUGAUAAGGCGAGAAUAAAUCCUGAUUUAUAGAUUGUGGUUUGUUUAGAGUGAGAUAAACGAUGAGCUUUGGUUCACACAUAACACUAAGACAAACCAUAGCUUAGCUUCAGGUAGUGCAGCAGCAGCAAGAAUGGAUGAGGAGGAAAUGGGCUGCAAUUUUCUCACCGAGUACCAACUUGCUGACUUGUUCCUGGUAAGCCAAAGUUUGUCUUACCAUUGAUGUGAACCAGGCCAACAUAUGAAUGAAUUACAUUACUUCUAACAUUUUGAAGGUGGAUAAAGUGAAUUAAUAUCUGCCUGAAAAAUAAUGACCACCAGACUCCUCAAGAAAGAAUUUCCUAUAGUAGUGUCUUGAUUAUGGUGCUAGUAAUGUUCGUUAAAGUAACAGAAGUAUGUAUUCUAUGAAAAUGAUGAAACGACAAUGCUAAGGUUGACUCCAAACCAUGGUUUAAAUCAGUGUAAAACCCAAACCAUGAUUUGAAUUUCCAUACAUAAACAGGCAAUGGCCUGGUUCAUCCUACAUGGUUACCAAGACUGCACAAACAUUGUACAAAGAAUAAGCUUUGGCUACAGCUCACAGCAACAGCUGUGAGGUUCAGAAUAUAAACUAAGCUAAAAUUUGGUUUAGCUCAACUGAGAGCUAUUCUCCUGUAAGACUGGCCACAUUUGUGCCAGUCCCAAUAAGCCAUAAAUUCAUUUGCCAUGUCAUGUGAAACAUGCCACUCUUUGGCUUAGAGCAGCUUCUGUGCUUUUGAUUUCCAUCUACGGAGCUUCAUAAUGUCCCUCUUGUAUCUCUGUGGCCACUGGAAGUAAAAUGACAACUGCAAUUAUGCUUUGUCAUUUUUUUUUCAAAUCAUGGUUUCUGUUUCUUGAUUGUGGGCUGAUGUCAAACCAUGACUUGUCAAACCGGACAUCAUGCCAAACCCACACUUAAGCUGCCUUAGCCAUUGUUUGGGAUGAUGUUUGAAUUGAUCUAACUUGUGGUGCUCUGACAACUUUGUGGACGUGAUUUGAUAAUGAAAAAAAGAGAGCUUUACAUUGGAAAAAGUCCAGCUAUUCUAGUAUGUUUAUGGAGAACCACAACAUUGUACACAAUGCAAGAAUUAGGAUAGCAUCUUUACCUCAUCAGCUCAUAGAUGGCGUUUCUCCUUGUGAAAAGGCAUUUAUCUAUUAUUCUACUAGUCCGAUUAGUAAAAUUACAUUCUGGCAUGUAACCAGGUUUUAAAAGCAGGUUGUUGUUUAGAGCCAAUCUGACAAAAGAGGUUUGUUCUUGUGGCCAUAUACCUAAAAUUGCCUUAUUUUACUUUGUCUCUUCUCCAAACCCACCAGAUUUUGUUAUGUUCCAAUCCUGGCACUCCUUCGCUCUGCCCUCUGGCCAUCCUUGGUUCCACCUGCUGGCUUUGCCCUUGUUAUCAAUAGUUUUUAAAUCAAAAAUUGGCCAAGUUCCCUUUCAGUCACAUAUAUUUCUGACACAGAGGAAAACAUGGUGGCAAGGAAGGGUUAGGAGGCAAGAAAGGAGGAGUGAGUUAAUUCUAUCAGGUUCUGUUGGCUGUCUGCUGAAAUUUCGCAAGCUCUCCAUUUCUCAGUAAUGGAGAGAUUAGAGGUGGUUGGUUGAUAGCCAAGAGAGGCAGUGACUUCCCUGCCCUGACAAGAGUGCAGUUUCAGAAAAAAAGCUGCCCCCCACCUGACAGAUACAGGCAAUUAAACCCAUAGGAUCUGCACAACCAAACUGUGGAGAUUGGGAAAAUGGAGGGAGAAUGCUUUGGUUACUUACAGCCCUAAUUAAAACAUGUGUAGCAUCUACUUGCCACUGUUACGGACUAUUGCUGUUAAUAGGGGUUUUACAGAAGGUCAAGGAUCUUAGAAGGCCAAGGCUCAGGUAAUAUUAAUGCUGGUCCAUCAACUGCAUUCACGACUUAAAAUCAUAGAAUCAUAGAGUUGGAGGGACCCAAGGGUCAUCUACUCCAGCCACCUGCAAUGCAGGAAUCUCCGCUAAAGCAUCUAUGACAGAUGGCCAUCCAACCUCUGCUUAAAUACCUCCAUUGAAGGAGAGUCCACAACCUCCCAGCUUAUUUGUUCCAUCCUCUGAUUUGGCUAGCCAGUCCAGAACUGGCAGUGAUAUAACAUGUUACUCACCUCUCCCACAAUUUUUGUCACUAUUAAAUUGAGCUCACCCGGUCACCCUACCCCUGCAAGAUAGCAGAAAUUUCACAGCCUCCUAUCUCUGUUAUCCAGAUAGUAAAAUAUAAAUGGUUCUGAAAUAAGGUUAUUUGCUUCUUCCUGUAUCUUACAAAAAUAUGCAAAAGUCCCAUGUUGGCUCCAUUGUGUCUUAUAUUUUUCGAGAGAUUAUGGUUCAUAAGCUUAACUUUUCAGAGAAUAGUCAGGUUUGUGUGUGUGUGUGUGAGAGAGAGAGAGAGCGCAAGCGCUUUUGUUGGGUCUUAAGUUUGGAACUUCCUUAUUUUUUUAAAAAUGUUGUUUUUAUUUAUUUCAGUAGUACAUUAAUUUCAAAUCAGUGAAAAAGCCCCUGAAGGGAACAGAAAUUUAUUAUAGUUUCUUAACUAAUUUGAGCACUGAAAGCUGUACUGUACUGCAAUUCCCUUUUUUUCAGGCUUGGUAAAACUGGAAGAAACUUGCAUCACUAGUGAGGAAUUUCCUGAACCUUUCCAUAGAAAUGUACCAAUAGCAAUAAUAAUAAUAAUAAUAAUAAUAAUAAUAAUAAUAAUAAUGACAAACAAAUCUGCUCAUUAAUAGCAUAAAGCCAGGUCUAUGUAAAUUCUGUUCUUAUUUUGAUUUAUUGGUGUGUUUUCUAGCUUGCCAAAAUGUAAGGGCUUUUGUUCAAUAUUUUCUCCCCAACACAGUGUACUUACUUAGCCCAUGUCAACACAUGGACCCCAGAAAACUAAAACAGGCCUGUACAUUCAAAUAUAUAUGGUAACAUUACAAGUGGUGUGUAAACAUCAUAAUUCAGGCUGCAUUUCAGGAUGCUGCAUUUAGAUUUUUUUGUUCUUAUAUGAUGGUGUUGAGCUUAGUUUCCCAUUCAGUCUUAGUUUCCCAAAGGGUGAUGGGAGGAGAAUUGCUAACUAUUCUUGCAAGGGAAAGAGCAGAUAAGGUUAAUAGAUAAGUCAUAAUUGUGGUAAUCAAUCUGCCAAUUAACUCAUAAAAGAAAUGCAGGUAACUCGCAUCUUAUGCGAGGGUUCAGUCCACACAUAAAUGCAAAACCAUGUAGAGCCAGGAACCCUCAGAAUGGGCUUUGGGAAGGUAGUGUGAUGGCUCCGGGAUGCUUUCAGAUCUCUUGCACCAUCUGCCUAAAGCCAGGUAACCCCACGACAACAGCUGUGCGGGGGUAUGUUGGGAAAUAAGUAAAUUGAGAGUAUACACACUCCACUCUCAUUUUAUUUAUUUAUCCCCCCCCACACACAUCUGUGCCAAGCUGUGAUUUUGUAUGUCACAGUUAAAAUUUAAGUGAAUUUUUACUUCAACUAUGUCAUGUUCCAUUCAAACACAGGUUAAUUUCCUUCAUAUUGCAGGUGAGUAUGAAACUAAAACGUUAGGGAGCAGGCUGGGUCAGCAUCUAGCUUUCUACGUGCAGGCUGAAUACCCAAAUCUAAAUUCAUUAUUGUUAAAAAGUUCAUGAAUACUGUUUCUUGUUUUUCUCCAGUCAUUAUUUGGUUCAGCACAGCAGUGCAGUUUGGUAUUCCAAUAAGAACCACCGAUUAUGCAACGUAUAAAUCAGAGAAUCAUUCAAAGCCAAAUGGUCAAACUCAAGAGUAUCUACUUCUGCAUGGUUUGUGAAACUGACAAGGCAUUGAUUGUGCUGCUCCAGGAAAAGCUUGGAAGGGAGACACAGCACUUCCUCCUUGUUGCCGUAUGACAGUUCAUUGUUUGAGGGUGGGGGGCAUGCCCUCAGCGGGGUUGUUGUCAGAUUACUGAAAUAAAGCAUGUGAAAUUAUUCCUACCCUAAAGCACUAUAUAAACAGUAUGUGAGAUUUAGGAACUCCACAGAGACGGAGUUAGAUAUAUUUUAAAUUGGGUAUCUGUCCCUUAAUAAUUCAUAUUGUUUUGUGGCACAUCAGUUAUAGUGUCUCAACUGUUCUGACACACUUGGCAACUGCUGGGAUUUAAGAGCGGUACAGACCUGUAUUUAUAUUUUUACCCACAGCUAUAAAUGUGAAGCCACUUCAGAUUUUAGAUUUUUACCUCAUGGAAUUGGUGUUUCCAUAGCAAACUCACUAAAAACACUCUUGGUAGCAAUUUCAUGAUUCCGCUUUAAGAAUCACUUGUCAGAGCCAGGCCCCAAUCCAAACCCUUUAAGGAAUAUCAGCUAAUCAUCAGGUUGCCAACACACAAGCUAUGGCUGGAGCGUUGGCCUAUCAUCCUGCGUCCCUUUUUCCAAAGUGAGAAUUUCAGCAUUAAACUGUACAAAAUGCAUAUACAUUUGUAAUUUUUAUCCUCUGUUACUCUUGGGCCCCAAUGUUCCUUGCCACCUUCCUUCUCGAGGGGGAAAAAGUACAUGUUGAUGUUGAUUUGAAAGCUGUCAAAUAUCCAGGCAUAGGGCAAGGCCUUAUAAAUAAAGAGCCUAGUUUGUGAGUGAUGGACUCAGCUACACUGGUCAAUUUAUAAUGUUAAAAAGUGUUAUAAAAAUGUAACACCAGAUGGUGCUGUAGAGCAGAAUCCAAAGCCAAUGGCAGAUUGCCUUGGGAGCCUUUCUCCCCCCCCCAUAGCAUUUUUUCCCAUAGCAUUUUAAAAAUAUCUGUAUAGAUCCAGCCCUAGCCUCCAGUUUUCAGCCUUCAAUUUGAGGUAGCCAGCCACCCUCCUCAUGGGAAUUAGGAUCAUAGAAUUGCAGUGGUGUAGCGUGGGGGGUGCAGGGGGGGCCGGCCGCACCGGGCGCAACAUCUGGGGGGGGCGCUCGCACUCGCAGCUCUCUGCCCCUACCUGGCUCACUCACUCUCUCUCACUGCAGUGCUGGGUGUGCGAAGCCGAUCCGAGCCGCUGGGUCGCCGCCCACUGUGGAGGGGGUGGGUGCCAGGCGUGCGGUGCGGAGAGAGAGCGAGGGACUAUCUGGGGGAGGGACAGUGCAGUGGCCGCCCAGCGCAGCGCUGAGCGCGGGAGAGAACCACACCAGACCAGCCCAGGCAGCAGCAAGAAGAAGCUGGCAGCGGCGGCAGGUUAGGGGUUAGGGGGCGCAAAUUACUUGCCUUGCCCCAGGUGCUGACAACCCACGCUAUGCCGCUGUAGAAUUGUAGAGUUGGAAGGGAUCCUGAGGGUCAUCUCCUCCAGCUCCCUACAGUGCAGGAAUCCUGCCCACAGCUGUCCCCUUGUGGGAUCAAACCACCAACCUUCUGGUUAAUAGCCAGACACACUGACCCAUUGCGGCUCAAAUGCUAUUCUUCUGACAGGUUGUUUUUCUGGCAGGAAGGUAGAGGACUUUUGAUGUGAUGCAACAACUGGUUCUUAAAAUGGUUUCAAUCAGCUUCUAAGAAUGAAAACAUCUUGGUAUUCUACCAUAUAGGACUGAGGUUUUCAACCUUUUUGAGUCUAAGUCUUCCUUGACCAACUACAUUAUUUCUGUGGCACCCCUGUGGUGCCUGCAGAGCUGGCAGCCUCUCACCCUUUUUUGAACACCCACUCUUGUGGUGGGUUCCCUCAGCUUCCUCUCCUCUCCCCUCUCCUUAGGAGUCCUCCAGGCACCCACUAUUGCCGCCCCUGGUCUCUGAGGUGCCCCCACCCACCCCAAAGAGAGGUGCCUCCUCACUUGUCUGUCCAUUCCCAAUAGCAAGGGCUGGUGGACUAGCUGGCUGGGCUCCCUCGCCUGCUUGCUUGCUUACUCAAGGCCACCUCAGCUCCUGGCAACCAGCACCCACUGGCCAGCCCCAGAAGCUGGGUAGCUUGUAGCCAGGGCUGCUGCAAUAAACAGCUGUGCAUGCCUUUGGGAGGCAGAGACUCGAGGGGGACAGAGGCCAUUGUUGCCUGCGGCACCCCUCAAUAUCAUUCAAGGCACCCCAGGAUGCCGCGGUACACUGGUUGAAAACCACUGAUAUAGGGUACAGCUGUGAGUGUUCAAUGCAUUAGAAAUAAUGUUUUAUGUAUUUAAUGGACUGCAGUGUUAGCAACCUCUCAAGGCUUCUUUCUUGUCAUUGGAAUCAGCAGACUGUUGGGCCUUUUCCACAUUGGACUUAUCCCUUGAUACUACGCAACUUGGGGUCUUGGGAUUCCAGCUCAAUACAUAAGGUUGUUGGAAUGCCAGAAUCAGUUGUGAUUCGGAUGGGUCUUCACCAUUUUUUACUUAAGUUGCUGAGACAUAGAUUUUGUACAAGGUUUUUUUAUGUGUUCUUAAGGCAACAAUUCAGCUUCAAGGUAAAAAAUAAAAGCAAAAAUGUCAGAUUCUUUUCAGAUUAUCAUAUUCUUUCAAAUUUGAGAAGACAAAAAAGAAAGUUUUUCUUGGCUUGCCCAUAGGAAAGUAGAUAAUGGGAAGUUUUCUACAUUGGUUUAAGACAGUUUCUCUGAAUUGAAACUGCAGAGGGCAGUGCAAAUCACAGAUGCCAUAGCUGGUAUUUUCUCUUUCUACUACAUCAUGUAUUGCAGCAAAAAUAAUUCAGGUUUUUUUUAAAUAAAACACCCCAAAAGCCUUGAGCCCUGAAAUUAUGUAUCAGCAUAUUGAGAAUUGGGAGCCCAGCUGAAAUGUGCACAUAUAGGCUGAGCAAUUAGCUCCCCACCCAACUCACAGCAUGCUCAGAUGGCAAACACCUGCUCAGUCCUGGAAAUUGGGGAUAGGCUGUCAAGAGAUUUCGUCUCCAGGUGGUGCCUAGCUUCCGUCAACAUGACUGCCUUUUUGCAACUUCAACCUUUGAUUUCUGUGAGAGUGAUAUGAGUCAGGUCACUAAUGAUAGCUGGGUGAUACAAAGCUUUGGCAUGGCUUCUCCCUUCCCCGUCUGUUCUUUUCUCUCUGUUGGAUAUAACCCUUUCUUAAAAAUAUUUUAAAAUUAAACAUUGGCAAUACAAGGGGAGAAUAGGGGAGGAGCAAUGACAGGGCAAAAAAGGAGUUCAGCAAUCUCCACUCAUCAAUAAUGUUUUUUUCUAAAAAUAUAAUUAUAAUCCAGACAUUCAAAAUGAGGGAUAUAUACCAUGUUAUCGCUGUCUCCUCCCCCUGCGUUCCUUCUCACAUUCCAGAAUGGAAAUUAGUUGCAAUCCUAGCACUUCACAUCCAUAUGUUAUACUUUUUCAUCUGGAACAAAACGCCGGCAUGAGUUAAGAAGCCUCUAACACCUUCUGAAAUGGUUCAGUGCUAAAUUCUCUGUUGUGAUAAAGUGAGGAGCAAAACCAUUAAAACUGAAGACAGAAGAAGCUAUUAGUUCGGGUGCUCAAUUCUUUUUGCUCUGUUUUUUUGUUUUGUUUUUUUUUAAAUAUAUUGACCAUUGCUCUCAUAAAAAACCCAGUCUUUCCUCUACUGCCCUGGAGAGAUAAUUUCACAAGUCAACACAGGAAUAUUACCUUGCUAUGCAGCCAGAGCGCCCUCCCUUCCUCCUUGUCAUUUUCCAUUUCAUUACUUUAAGUUUCCACUCAUCAUUUCAUCUUCUUAACCACUCAUUAACAUCUUUGAAUUGAGGAUGACUUUGAACAUUACAUUCAGGCAGAUGGGUGAAUAACAUGCACUUCCAGUAUAUCAUGUGGGAACACAGGGGAGUCAGUGCUAAUCCAAACAAAUUCUUGUUUAUUAGGAUAUGAAAUCCCUGGGUGUUUUAGUCACACCCAUAUGCUUCUUAUAUCCUAUUCAGCCAGUGGAGGCUGCUCCAUGAGGGCAAACAGAACAGUGUCCCACCAACCUAUUCUGCCAGCCCCACUUGCCUGUCUUCUUAGACAACCUGCCCUGCUGGUGAAGUCUCAGUUCUUUUGCCCUUGUAGAGCUCAGCAGGGAGGAGGAUGGAGGCUAACCUACAACUAGCUGGCUCCAUCUGCCAGUGAUUCUGCCUGUCACUGACUCUGACUGCCCAUGCUGUUGCUCUCUCUGCCAUUGAAGACAGGCAAGUGUUCAAUGUACCGCUCAGUUUCUGGUGAGCAAAAACUUGUGCAUGGUGCAGUUGUUGAAGAGAUUGUUAUGGGAAAUGCAAGUUUGCAGCAGAAAGUUCAAAUGUUGUUUUUUUUUUUUAUUUAUGUGUUAUCUAGCUCUCCCUGUACUCAACGGCUCAGAAUGGGUAAAAUUCAGAAAAAAAUACUCCAAGCAGCAAAUUGUAGAUGAACAGAGGCCUACUGUUCAAUAGCUAUAAAUGCUUAAAAUAAAGUAAGCUCCACUUGUAAAACACUUAACCUCUAAAAUGUUGAGAGAUUCGUGAUCACUUGUGAUCACUUAAUUGAAUCAUUUUGAUGGUAAAAGCCACCACUGAAUGUUUGGUGGGGCUGUCCGUGCUAUUGGACAACCCCUAGGCAUCUUUAUGAUGAUGAUUAUAUUGUCUCUAGAAUAUCAGAGUAAUUGGAAAAACCCAAUUAGAUUAAAUAGUGUUACCCACAGCAGCUAUGUGCUGUACUGCAUGUAGCAUACACAAAGCAUAAUCUCUACAUGCCCUUUUUUUAAUAAAUUAUUUUUAUUCAUUUUGCAAUACAAAAAUAUAAAAACACAUAACACAGUUUUUCACAGAUACAUUUUUUGGACUUCCCUCAGCUCUUCUGCAAAUCCUCCGUUUUAAUCCUUCUUCCGCAUUUCUUAAUCUAAUAUUGCCUUUUGUUAAAAACCUCCUCCCUCUUAUUCCCUUUUUUUACAAUAUUUCUAAUAUUAUUUUCACAGAGCCUCUUGCAAACCUACAAACGUUAAUUGUUCAUCGCAAAUACUUUUCAAAUAGUCUACAAAUUUACUCCAGUCUUCAGUGAAUCUGUGGUCUCGUAGGCCUCGGAUCCUUCCUGUUAAUUUAUCAAGUUCUGUGUAUUCCAUUAACUUCAUUCUCCAUUCUUCCAUCGACGGUAAUUCUUCUUGUUUCCAUUUUUGGGCUAGAAUCUACAUGCCCUUUUUGAGGCAGCGUUCUUAUUAUUUUGUUCUAAAAUCGAAACAUCUUGAUAGUUUUCUACCCAGCCUUUACAGGCUGUGACUAUUUAGUAUUUAUGGCCAACAAUACCUUUGAAUCCCUUAUCAGCUUUCAUUGGAGUCUUUGAAAAGAGCUACGAAAUGAAGAAGCUUUCUGUUCAGUGUGCUGGAAAUAUCUCUGGAAAUACUUUCCCCAAAAGAUUAAGGCGUCAAGCCAGGAAUGUUCAAUGGUCCUGUUGUUUUUGUGAAUCUCUGUUCAGAUAUUUCCUGUUUCAAAAACUCACGAAUUUGGGUCCAGUCCCUUGCUGGUCUGAACUACAACCCUGCACCCAAAGGACUUUCUUUUCCGCCCUCAUUGCCUUCUUUUAGAUUGCCCAGCUGUCAGAGUGCUGCGGUGACAAUCCAUACAGGUAGAAUUCCUCUGCCAGGGUCUAGAAUAGACCUAGCAAUGCUGUGCCCUCUUGUCUUGGCCCCCAGCCCCCCAGCCCCCAGCUUGUUUGCCUUCUGGCUUGCUACCCACAGUACACAGUCUUAGCCCUACAGAAUAGUUUCCUGAGAAACAGAACAGUCCGUUCCAUCACAGCAGCUCAGCCAAUUGAAAUUAGAGUUUCUUGUUGCACUGUAGGUGGAUUCAGCACACCUGCAAUCAAGGCUGUUACAUUUAUUGAUGGAAGGAAAAAAACUGCCAGCCCUCCCUUCACAUGAUAAUAGAUGUGAUUGAUAAAACUAUGUUGUUGAUAGAACUGGGAUUCGUUCCAUCUGUGUAAGAUCUUUAUAUUAUCCAGAGAACUUAGCAGAGGCCACCAAAUUUAGUGACUGUAUGCUAGCCAUCCUGCUGUAUUUUAUGAAAGCUAUACUCUAUUUUAUCCUAUUUAAAAUAUUAAGUGAUUAAUCAUUUAUAAACUCUUUUAAAAGAGUAAAGGCCAUUUUAGCUUUCGUUACAAUAGAGCCCUUUGUUUGAAACUAUUAAUAGAGAGCCAGCAUGGCAUGUGGUAAUACUUGGAGCUAAAUAACCUAUUUUGAAUGCCUAGGCUUGACUACAUGGACUCUCCUUUAACAAGUAUAUUUCUUUACACUACAACUAGUAGCUGAAGCUGUAGCGAGUGGGGCUUACUCUUGGAAAUAGUCUCCCUUGCAAAGUGUAAACUCAUAUUUUCUUCUGGCACCCCUGAGUAUAGCUCCUUUCCUGCUACAGCAACAUAAUUAUAUUGCUUUCACACUUCUCAGUACAAUAUCCUUUUCACUCCUUAAUGAUAUGUAUGUUAGAAAGGUAUUACUAUUGUGCCAGUCCCAGACUGGGGGGGCUCCUCAAAACACGACCAUCUGAGUGGUUUAACAGAGAAAGCCCCAAAAUUUGUACACACACAGGACUGUUGAGAACAACAAAAAAAGAAAGUGAAUAGUUACAAGCCAACGGACAGAAAAAGAGGAUAGUGGAACACAAAUGUACACAACAAGUUGUAUGAAUGAGACUUUUAUCGCACUUGGAGUACUUCAGUUGUGUAUUAUACCAGUUCUAACUCUUCAGCAGUCCGGCCAGGACUGAGGAUGCAGGUAGACAUUGCUGUAGACAAUGUGAAGUCGCCUCAUUAUUACUACACAAACACAGAGGACACACAAGCCUAAUUUAUAUACUACCUUCCUGCACAGACAAUCCAUGUGGCUAACUAGCAUGAAUUCCUUUAAAGAAUUCUGGAAAUUGCAGUUUUAUGAAAAUUCUGAGAAUUAUUCUCAGAGAAUUGUGUUCAGAUUUCCUUCGGGAAAACCAUAAAAACCACGAAUCAGUUUAAACUUUAAAUGAAGUAUUGUAACUGAGACCUAGGAACUAACUUAAAAUAAACAAAAUUCAUUCCUUUCAGACAUUUAGAUCAAUUUUUUUAUUUACAAAUUUAAAAUCUUAUAAGAAAUAGCUAGAGUCUCAAAGAAAUAACUUGUGAAACUCAACAAAGGGAUUAAUAAAACAUAAUUAUAACUUUGUAUAAAUGGAACUGACAAGCAGCAGGGCUAUUUUAUUAUAUCCUUUGAUGUAAAAUGCAACACACAGUGCAAAGCUUUGUCUCAAUUCAGGCUUUAACAAGUGGGAGGGAGAGAGAAAUUGUAUGUGAAAGUGGCAAAUCCGUGUUUCCAUUAAUAAAAUGUGAGUGAAAGUAGCAGUGGAAUGUGUAAUUCUAGGAAGGCUCCUUUAAAAUAAAAUUCUGCAGUCUAAAUCUGAACAGCAAAAUGCAGAAUUCUGGGACUUGUCUUCAUUGUGCAAAUGGAAUAAAUCUGAAUAUUUUUUCUUAUUUUCUAUUUUUACUAGAUUGCAUAAUUUCUUUUCAGUUUUCUAAUUCUAGAGAACAGCAAGGGCUUUUCUCAUACAGAGCAAAGGGCUCGUUGUGGAGAAAACACAGCUGUACACAACCAUUGGAAAGCUUGCAAGCUGAGAUGCUCAGGAAUAUGUAACCAUGUCCCUGUACCACAUUUGUAUGUUUUUCUUCUGGAUAAGGACCCUGGUCUGCAGAUCUUAUGUAAUUUCCCAUUUGGAAGCCCCCCACCCCCCGUUGGCCUGUUGAGAAGGAAGUGGAGUGGGUGUUUGAAAGUGACCUCCCAUUUCAAAGCUGCUGCUGUUUUCGGCCCAGCCAUUCGGCAGGGUGAGACCACAGCUUCAGACAGAAAAGCAAACAAACCCGGGCACUGACGAUUUCAGGCAUGAUUGUGUCCAUUUUGGGAGAGGAUCUCGUGAGAUCUUGUAGAGUGCACACAAGUGCUUAUGUGAUUUGAAUGGGAUCUCGCCACAAAUGGAUGUGAUCUUGCCUGAAAUCUGCAUCUCCGCCAGCGACAAAUGCUGGGCAGAUGCAGGGCCUGCGGCGGCAGAGCAAGCAGUGGCAGAGGAGCAGGCAGGUAGUGGUGGGAGCAGUGGCUGUGCAGAGUGGCACUUCCCGUUUUCCUCAAGUGGCAAAACAGGACAUGCUGCCCCCUGUGUUUCCGUCACAUCUGCCACUCUGCCCACGCACAUUAGAAACUUCUGUGCCAGGAUGUACCCUUCAGAUUUUCAGUUGCUUACCCCUAUUAUAGUCUGAUCCCAGACUUCUGGUGUCAACGAAAUAAGAGCAUGCACUCAUGAAAGUGUCAUGAAAGAUUACAAAGCUUGGUGCUUUAGCACAAAACUAAGAGCAAGAAAAGCAGUUCCCCUGUAUGAAUUGUUACCCGUGAAUGAUAUUCUGUUAGCAUAAUGGCUGAGAGGCUUGCAAGGAAUAGAUGUCUUAAGACAUAUCCUGCCCCCUAAAGUUAUUCCGAAAGCCCCCAAGUGCAGAUUUCAUUUGAGUCAAUCAUCUGAGUUCAGGUAUGCUCAUUCAGAGUCUGUAUGUGUUGGUUUGGCUUCACAGCUGUGCAUUUCUUUAUUGACAGGUUCCUCACUUCAAAUAUAUUUGUCUGAUUUUGGAUGUAAAUAAUUAUCCAAAUGUAAUCUUGAUGCAAUCUUAAACGUACAUCUUCAGAAUAAAGUUCCUUUGAAAGCAUUGGAACUUCUAAGUAUAUGCCUAGAGUGAGGGUACAAAUACCAUUUCUGUGUAUCCUUUUUAAAUGUCCCCAGUUGUGAAAGAAUGAGAAGCAGAUAAACCCUUUUUGCUAAAAAGUAAUUUAAGAGAAAAUGUUACAGUGGCCUAAUGCAAAUUGAAUGAGUCUCUCAGCAUUGUUCCCACUGGACAAAUAUGCUCAUUACCGAAACUAGCUACUCAUAAGUAACCUAAUUUACAUCUUUAUUAAUUUAGUAUAUAGUUGGUUGCUUCCUUCAUCAUCUCAUAAGAGAUACAAAAUAGGCACCACUUUGCUUGUGUUAAGAGUAUUAAACCUUUUGCCUGAAGAGUGGCAUUUUGUAUCUUGAAUACUACACAUUUGUCAUUGGCAGCUGACCUAUUUUUUUCCUGUGUUCAGGGAGUAAGCCCUUCUGGAACCUGUAUUACUGGGGGAGGGUGGGUGAAUUUAAGCCUGAUGUUAAGGUUGCAUUUUCCCUGUGUGGACCUGGUCAGUAAGGGUAGAAAUGCCCAGAAACGAAGCGUAUUUGACCAAAACAUGAGGUGCACUGCAUAGGUAAGGUUAGGAACUUGGUCUAGGUUGUGGAGCACCCCUUUAAGCUACCAGGGGGAGAGAAACAGAGAAAAUUUCAGUGGGUUUUCUCCGCCACCCUGAAAAGGCAAAUUACGAGUCUACCCUUGAUAGCUGUACCAGAGUAGGAUGGGGUGACACUGGGCCAAAAACAGCUGCACAGUAAUGCAAUGUACAGGGGAAAGGGGGAGAGAAAGCUGAAAGCACUGUGGAAGGAAAGAGAGAGAGGAUUUUUUUAACAAAACAAAAAACCAUAACCUUUCUUAUGAACUCCCAAGAAUGCAUACGUGGGAAAGAGGGAAUGAAAUCCUCAGUGCCAGGAUAAGGUGAAAUGGGGAGAAUAGGGGAUGGAGUGGGCAUCUUGAUUGACACCUUCAGGAGGGACAGGGAAUGGGUAGAGGUUUCCCCCAACAAAGGGCAUGGACCAGUUAUAUAGGGGGGGGGGAAUCAGGUGGCAGUUGAAAAGGAUUUUCUCUCUUCAUCUGUUGCUGUCCUGCCUAGAGGUACCAGAUACAGGAAGGGUAUGUUUUGAGGCAAGAUUUCAGGGCUUUUGUUGUUUAGUCGUGUCCGCCUCUUCGUGACCCCAUGGACCAGAGCACGCCAGGCACUCCUGUCUUCCACUGCCUUCCGCAGUUUGGUCAAAUUCAUGCUGGUUACUUCAAGAACACUUUCCAACCACCUUGUCCUCUGCCAUCCCCUUCUCCUUGUCCCCCCCCCCCCAUCUUUCCCAACAUCAGGGUCUUUUCCAGGGAGUCUUCUCUUUUCAUGAGGUGGCCAAAGUCUUGGAGCCUCAGCUUCACGAUCUGUCCUUCCAGUGAGCACUCAGGGCUGAUUUCCUUCAGAAUGGAUAGGGCUUAGAAUUGUCAUUUAUGGCAGGGUGUUGUGCUGAUUGAAUGAGGCUGUGGAAAAUUUUGCCAUUUGUGCAUCCCAACGUUUUCAUAGCUCAAAGCACAGAGGGCCAGGAUGCUCUCUUUUCCAUGACAACUGGUCCUGUAAACACACCCUGCUCAGGAUAGCCAGCUCUUGCCAACUAAAUGUCCCAUACAAGAUGGCAACUGAGAUACAAAAGUGAGGGGGGAAUUGAUAUGAUGCUCUCUGGUAAUACCCCUUGUAAAUUUUUACCUAUAUACGUCUUCAUUUUUCAUUCUGAUUUCUAGCCCAGACUGUCCUAAAGUCUCAGAUGGCUUGCAGUUUGUUAAACAAAUACAAAUAGCAAUAAAAACAAGGCAAAACGAAUGCUAAAACAAUUAAAACUGACAGCACAUUUGCAAACCUAAGCAGGGUCUGGUAUGGCUUUAGAUUCGAUAGGGGAACCUGUGUUGAGAUUCCUGCAUUGCAGGGGUUGGACUAAAUGACGCUCAGGGUCUCUUCCAACUCAGUUCUAUGAACAAUUAACCAUCUUGCUCAAAGAAACAGUUCUUAGCACACUUCUGACUAAGACACUCACUUUCAGGCUCCAGAGAGGAGGAAACCAAUAUUUGUUACGUAGCCAUUGCAGAUCCCAUUUCCUGCCUCUUUGCUCUGUGAACUGGAUGUGUAGCUGGGAUCAUCCAGGGAGUGUUCCUGGUUGAUCCGAGGGACUAUAGUGGAAGAUGAGUAGGAAGUGGUCUCAAGAUUUUACCUCGAGCCACCACCUCAAGGUUGGUUUGUGGCAGCUAGAGAGAAAUACAGUUGGUUACUGUUGAUACACCAGCCAAAGGUGCGGAGAAAAUAUUUAUUCAUUUAAAAGCAUUCAUGCACCACUUACGAUUUGAACAAUCUCUAAGCAGUGUUUCUAACACUGCAUGUGUGGAGUUUGUCAUGCACAGUGGAACUACCUCUCUUCUCCUUGCAUGCCCUCAAAAAUCUACCCUGGGGUGUCCUCCAACUCUCUGAAGUAGGCUUUGAAGGGUAACUAGGAGGGAAAAGCUCCGCUGUGUAAGUGGAACAGCAUUGGUGGAUAGGACCCGCAGCUGGGAAGAACUUGAAAUUCAUGAACAGGAUGGCAAGGUUACUUGUUAGUGCAAAUAUUUUUUUAUUACUCUUAAAUAAAUUAAACAUAGGGUGACAAAUUAACUAACACUUCAAGGCAUAUGGUCUUUCAUGCGCAUAGCAUGACCCAAGAUCCAGGGAGUUUGACUGCUGCACUUGUCCCUUGUGUCACCAGUAUACAAGUAUUUUUUGUUUUUGCUAACGCUGGUGUAUCAGUUAAUCCACAAUAUCUACUUAUCUCAACUUUAAUGUAAACAGGUUAAAAAAAAGAGACCACUCACUGUCCCAAGUUGUGUGGAAAAAAGAAACAAUAUAUAUGUAUAUUUAAAGCUAAGGCAUUUGUGGAUGGCGUUAAUACCAGAGAGCCCUCAGAUUCACAGAAAGACAGAUGUUCUUUGCUCCGUCAGUAGCUAAGAAAAGGGGCUGCAUGGGUAUGAGCAAGAUGAUGCAAUGUGCUGACAAUACAACACAAUCUGGGAGGUUCAGUCAAGUUCAAAGCAAACAGGCAAUCCAAUUCUGAAGAGCAUGAACAGACGUACUGCCAAAAUGAGAUGGGCUGAUGAGAUACUUCCAUGUUGGCUCUCUGUAAGGAAACAUUAGAAGGGGAAGAACAGCAGUCCUUUAUUCCACUGGAAAAAUUUCCAGAAUGAUUUUUUUUCUAAAGCUCCUGAAUUUUAUUUGUGCUUCCUCCCCCUCCCCCCAUACCUGCUGAGGGUGACUGUACUAGCUGAAGUCAUCCUUUGCUCCUCUCCCCCAUUGCUCAUUUUGUUUUAAAAAAGGGUGAUUUUUUUCCUAUACCAGUAACCAUAGAGAUGCUUAAUAGCUACAGCUUCUGCCUUAACUGUCCUCACAGCAAAAUCUCUUCCUCCCCCACCCCCCUGAUGCAGUAGAGCAGACUAUUGGUGUGUCUAACUGUCUUAAGUUAUAGUUCCCAUCCAGAGCUGGGCGGGGGGCGGGUAUCUCUCUCUCUCUCUCUCUCUCUCUCUCUCUCUCUCUCCCCCCUUCUCAAGCAAUGCCAAGGAGGCUGCAUAAGCUUUAAACUAUUGAUUGUCUGGAGUUGCUGAAGGACUAGGUGGGGAAGGCUCAGUCGAGACAGGAAAGAGGUGCUGUUUGUCAGUAGAAUCAUAGAACUGUAGAGUUCAAAGAAACCUGAGGGUCAUCUAGUCCAGCCCCCUGCAGUGCAGGAAUCUCAGCUAAGUUAUCUUGACAUAUAGCCACCCAACCUAUGCUUAAAAACCUCCAAUGAAGGAGUAUCUACCACAUUUUGUGGGAGUCUGUUCCACUCUCAACCAGCUCUUACUGUCUGAAAGUCAUUCCUGAUAAAGUUAUUUAGUCAGAAUCUCCUUUCUUGUACCUUGAAGCCAUUGGUUCACGUCCUCCCCUCCAGAGCAGGAGAAAGCAAGCUUGUUCUCUCUUUCAUGUGACAUAUGCAGGAUAUUUGAAGAUGGCUGUCAUAUCUCCUCUCAGUCUCCUCUUUUCCAGGCUAAACAUACCCAGCUCCCUCAAUCAUUCCUCAUAAGGCUUGGUUUCCAGACCUUGAUCAUCUUGGUUGCCCUCCUCUGCCCUCCUCAUGCUUGUCAACAUCCUUCUUAAAUUGUGGUGCCCAGAACUGGACACAGUAUUCGAGGUGUGGUCUGACCAAGGCAGAAUAGGUAAAGGUAAAGGGACCCCUGACCAUUAGGUCCAGUCGUGGCCGACUCUGGGGUUGCGGCGCUCAUCUCGCUUUACUGGCUGAGGGAGCCGGCGUACAGCUUCCAGGUCAUGUGGCCAGCAUGACUAAGCCGCUUCUGGCGAACCAGAGCAGCGCACGGAAACGCCUUUUACCUUCCCGCCGGAGCAGUACCUAUUUAUCUACUUGCACUUUGAUGUGCUUUCGAACUGCUAGGUUGGCAGGAGCAGGGACCGAGCAACGGGAGCUCACCCCGUUGCGGGGAUUCAACCGCCGACCUUUUGAUCGGCAAGUCCUAGGCUUUGUGGUUUCUAAGGUGCCACUGGAUUUUUAAUUUUUUUAAAUAAUUUUUUUAUUUAUUUCGACUAUGUCAGAUCAAAAUGGCUACCUACCUGAACCAAGAAAAGGGGAAGGUGUCAUCUCUCUGGCACCUUCAAUGACAAAAAGUUGCACCCACUCAUGCAGCUGUGAACUAUGAUUGUGUAUAGGCUUCCCACCUCGCAUGUGCCAAAGUUUCAAGGUCUGUGAGGUUUGUUGUUGCUACAAGUAUUUCAUAAUAGUAUGAAAUUCAUAGUAUUUCAUACAAGUAUUUCCCCUUCCUCUUGGUUCAUGUGGGAACCAAUGACACUGCAAGCAAUAGCCUCCAGAAGAUCAAAAGAGACUACGAGGCUCUGGGCAGGAAAUUGAAGCAAUUAAAUGCACAAAUUGUCAUCUCAUCUGUCCUCCCAGUUAAACGACGUGGCCCAGGGAGAGAGGGAAAAAUAGUGGAAGUGAACAGCUGGCUUUGCAAAUGGUGUAAACAGGAACGGUUUGGAUUCUUAGAUCAUGGACUGCAGUUUCUUGAAGAUGGACUUCUGGCAAGCGAUGGUCUGCACCUCACAAUGGUUGGGAGGAAUGUUUUUGCCAAAAAUCUCAGAAACCUCAUCAGGAGGGCUUUAAACUGACUAAUGUGGGGGAGGGAGACAGUGCUCCUGAAGGUAGGAGUCUAUCAAUUGAUGAAGAUGAUCAUCCAAAUGUCAUAGACCAAAUGGAGCAAACAGCAUGCAGACCUAGUGGUGGGAGGAAAAAAUCCUUAAAUAAGAGACACGGGGGAAUGAUUAAUGGACUUCAAUGUUUGUACACUAAUGCGCAAAGCAUGGGAAAUAAACAAGAUGAGCUUGAGCUCUUGGUACAGCAAACUAAAUAUGACAUAAUAGGCAUCACUGAAACCUGGUGGGAUAAGUCCCACGACUGGAAUGUAAUAAUGGAGGGAUACAAUCUAUUUCAGAGAAACAGGCCAGACAAGAAAGGAGGAGGAGUGGCGUUAUAUGUCAGGGAUGUGUAUACCUGUGAAGAGAUCCAAGAUUUAGAACCUCAAAGCCAAAGUGAGAGCAUUUGGGUCAAAAUUAAGGGAGAGAAGAAUAACAGUGACCUCAUUGUGGGAGUUUACUAUAGAUCCCCAAGCCAAACGGAGGACAUAGAUGAUGCCUUCCUGGAACAGAUGGCCAAGCAUGCAAAAGGAAGGGAGAUAGUAGUAAUGGGGGACUUCAAUUACCCGGAUAUUUGUUGGAUGUCAAACUCAGCCAAGAGCAUAAGGUCAAACAGAUUCCUCACUGGCCUUGCAGACAACUUCAUUGUCCAGAAAGUGGGAGAAGCAACAAGAGGAACAGCCAUUUUAGAUCUGGUCCUAACCAAUGUUGAUGACCUGGUUAGUGGGGUAGAAGUGGAAGGAUCAUUAGGUGCGAGUGAUCAUGCUCUUCUGAAGUUUACUAUACAGCGGAAAGGAGCAGCCAAGCAUACUAGGACUCAAUUUCUUGACUUUAAGAAAGCCGACUUCAUAAAACUUAGGGAAGUGCUGGGUGAGAUCCCGUGGACAGUAAUAGUAAAAGGAAAGGGAGUUCAUGAUGGCUGGGAGUUUGUUAAGAGGGAGAUAGUAAAAGCACAACGUCAGGCAAUACCAAUGAGACGGAAACAUGGAAGGUGCCUAAAGAAGCCAGGGUGGCUAUCUAAAGAACUUUUAACUGAGUUAAGAUUAAAAAGGAUGUGUACAAAAAAUGGAAAAGGGGGGAAACCACCAAAGAGGAAUUCAAACAAAUAGCCAGCACGUGUAGACACAAAGUCAGAAAAGCUAAAGCACAGAAUGAACUCAGGCUUGCUAGAGAGGUUAAAAGCAACAAAAAUGGCUUUUAUGGGUAUGUUCGUAGCAAAAGGAAGAACAAAGAAACAGUGGGGUCACUCAGAGGAGAAGAUGGUGAAAUGCAAACAGGGGACACAGAAAGGGCUGAACUCCUCAAUGCCUUCUUUGCCUCAGUCUUCUCCGAUAAAGAAAACAAUGCCCGACCUGAAGAAUUUGGAGCAAAUGAUUCAGCAGAGGAAACACAGCCCAGAAUAACUAAAGAGAUAGUACAAGAAUACUUGGCUAGUUUAGAUGUAUUCAAGUCUCCAGGGCCAGAUGAACUGCAUCCAAGAGUAUUAAAAGAACUGGCAGAUAUGAUCUCAGAACCACUGGCAGUCAUCUUUGAGAAUUCCUGGAGAACAGGCGAAGUCCCGGCAGACUGGAGGAGGGCAAAUGUUGUCCCUAUUUUCAAAAAGGGGAAAAGAGAGGACCCAAAUAAUUACCGCCCAGUCAGUCUGACAUGAAUACCAGGGAAGAUUCUGGAGCAGAUCAUUAAGCAAACAGUCUGUGAGCACCUAGAAAGGAAUGCUGUGAUCACCAAUAGUCAGCAUGGAUUUCUGAAAAAUAAGUCAUGUCAGACUAACCUGAUCUCGUUUUUUGACAGAAUUACAAGCCUGGUAGAUGAAGGGAACGCAGUGGAUGUAGCUUACCUUGAUUUCAGCAAGGCAUUUGACAAGGUGCCCCAUGCUAUUCUUGUAAAGAAGCUGGUAAAAUGCGGUCUUGACUAUGCUACCACUCAGUGGAUUUGUAACUGGCUGACUGACCGAACCCAAAGGGUGCUCAUCAAUGGUUCCUCUUCAUCCUGGAGAAGAGUGACUAGUGGGGUGCCACAGGGUUCUGUCUUGGGCCCGGUCUUAUUCAACAUCUUUAUCAACGACUUGGAUGAUGGACUCAAGGGCAUCCUGAUCAAAUUUGCAGAUGACACCAAACUGGGAGGGGUGGCUAACACCCCAGAGGACAGGAUCACACUUCAAAACGACCUUGACAGAUUAGAGAAUUGGCCAAAACAAACAAGAUGAAUUUUAACAGGGAGAAAUGUAAAGUAUUGCACUUGGGCAAAAAAAAACCUCACCUGGAGUACUGUGUCCAGUUCUGGGCACCACAGUUCAAGAAGGACACUGACAAACUGGAACGUGUCCAGAGGAGGGCAACCAAAAUGGUCAAAGGCCUGGAAACGAUGCCUUAUGAGGAACGGCUAAGGGAGCUGGGCAUGUUUAGCCUGGAGAAGAGGAGGUUAAGGGGUGAUAUGAUAGCCAUGUUCAAAUAUAUAAAAGGAUGUCACAUAGAGGAGGGAGAAAGGUUGUUUUCUGCUGCUCCAGAGAAGUGGACAUGGAGCAAUGGAUCCAAACUACAAGAAAGAAGAUUCCACCUAAACAUUAGGAAGAACUUCCUGACAGUAAGAGCUGUUUGACAGUGGAAUUUGCUGCCAAGGAGUGUGGUGGAGUCUCCUUCUUUGGAGGUCUUUAAGCAGAGGCUUGACAACCAUAUGUCAGGAGUGCUCUGAUGGUGUUUCCUGCUUGGCAGGGGGUUGGACUCGAUGGCCCUUGUGGUCUCUUCCAACUCUAUGAUUCUAUGAUUCUAUAAUCCAUUAUUAUUGCACUCUUAUACUGUUGUUAUGCUAUAUGCAUGUUACUAGAACAAUGUUUGUGUCAAAAACUGUCAGUUAGGCUCCAUACACUGUAUGUGUUGUUGUUUUUUACAUUAUGAGGUAUUGUCGACCCUGCUGAUUUAUAUGGAACUGUUUUCUUUAACUGGAAAAGGGAAGAACUCAAUAAAAGCACGUCUUUCUCUUCCCACCUUGCCCAACAACAUUUUGCUUAGUAACUUCUAAGUCAUUUGACAUUAUUACUAUUUUAAUGUCCAGUGCUCUUGUUGAGCGAGAGCAACUGGGCACACAACUUAUUUUUCUAGCAAUAGCUGUGUGUAUGUCAGAAUUUAUAGCUUUACCCUUUUAGGGUUGCCAUAUGUCCGGAAUGUCCCAGAUGUAUCCAAAAUACUGCAGUUGAAAGCAGUAUCUGGGCGGAAAUUGCUAACAAUGUCAUGGCAACCCAUGAAAAACUCAACAACUUUUGUCUUUUGAAAUAUGGCAACCCUACCUUAGCACAACUUAUGAAAAUAUUUUUACAGUUAAAUCAGAAGAAUUUUUAUUUGGAAGUGGAAUUUACUCCCAAAUUAGUGUUUAUAGGUCUGUAUGUGUCUCUGCAUUAUUUCCUCUUGACUUCCCAGGAACAAGACCUGGGAUGCAUAACAGAUAUUUACCAGAAAAUAAUCUUUCUGUAACAUCUUCCAGUAACCUGACAAUUAUUCAUUUGUACUUUUGAGAUUAAUCAUUACACACAUAUUCAGAGCUGCAUUCCUAUGCCCGCUUAGUAUUCCUAUCAGACAUAAUGAGAUUUAUUUAUGAGUAAACAAGGCAUGGUUAUGAACUCAGCUGCCCUUGGAGCACUCUGUCACCUUCUGUGUUCACUAUAUUUAAAAAAGCAAAUUAACAGGGUUUGGGUCAACCAUAACAUUUUACGCUUCCAUACUCUCACGUAGUUCAGUUAGGCAGCUCAUGCUGCAAAACUUUCGAAAGUGUCAUUCUGUUGCAUGGUUUUCAUUUGCUUGUAUAUAAUAUUUCUGCUGAUGUUUCCAAUCCACAGCAGAGAAUUUGUGGCUCAGCUAGUACAUUUGUGUCAUUAGCUAUGGUGGCAAAACCUGGUUUAUAGCAGAAAUGUAAUUGCACCUUUUACUUGUAGCAUGAUAUCUUUCUUUGAAAGCCAAAAUAAUGCUUGAGCAUUAUUUUCUCUUACAAGGAAGCUUCCCAUUUCUUUGAGAAGUUAAAAAAAGUGUUUGGAAGAUACAAAGGAGUGUGUGUGUGUGUGUGUGUGUGUGUGUGUGUAGUGUGCAUGCUGUAGUAACUUUGCAUUUAUAAUCCGAAGAGAUCUGUUUUUUCAGCAGCACAUAUUACUGCAUGUAAAACAUUUUAUUUUUUAAAAACGGAUUCAUAUAAAUUUUAGUAUUCUGUUGCCUGUGUGUACAUUUGGCAGUGACACAAAAGGAAACCGAUUGAUGGUUUUCCUGGGAUUAGAGGCCUGAUUACCAAGGACAUAUUUUGGUUGGUUGCAAUUAAAAUGCUUGUCAGGCAUUCGAUACCAGGAACCCUUUUGAUAGACGGCUUAAGCUGAGGCAAGUGCAGCAUCCUAUUGUAAGUGAGUGAUGGUGGAGCUGGCUGCCUUGCCGUCAUUCUGGAAAAUUCUGUGGCCAGCGAGCUCCCUCUGUGUCUCCCACUCGGCCUCUUUUCCUUUUCACCACUGCGGGGACUUCAUCUGAUUUGCAGUUUUCCUCUUCCCCGACACACAUACGGAAGCUGCAAGCUGGUGGCUGGCAGACUGUGUCUGUCUGGAGAUAGACAGAGAGCUCACGGAUACUAAUACUCUGGGAGAAUGGUUAUGCUGCAGUUAUUUAAGGAUAUGCCUUUGUUGGUAUUGCAGCACAGGAGCUGGUAAUGUUUUUUCCCCUUUUUGUUUUACCAUCAGCUUUAUGUGUGUCUUUUUAAAUACCUGCAAUAUGCUGAUCUACAGAAGCCCUUCCGGCUAUAUAUUAGGUGCAGAAUUUGCAAAUACUAGAUGAAUGCAGGCGCUGUAUGGAAGGCAUAGGGUAUACAUAUGUUUGUAUUUCAUGCAUUUAUUUAAUUGCUUUGGUAUAUGGGUGGGGUUUUUUGAGGGGAGAAAUUUUGCAUGCAUUUUUGGGUUGCAUUUUAAACUAAAUAGGUGCUUUUUGUACAGAAAUGGAGGAUAAUACUUUUCCAGUGUAAUAAUAUUAAGUGUGUGUGUAUAUGUGUGUGUUAUUUUGCAGAUUCUCCAGCCUUUUCUUUCUAACCAGACAUACUCCUUGGGUUUGACUUGCUUGCAGACAAAAGGUAAGGCACAGCUCGUUUUUCACCUGUCUGUACUCACACAGCGGAGUGGGUGUUUCAUUCACAGGCAAUCUUUUGCAUACGACUUUUUAUUCUAUUCUGAUACACAGUACUAUAGCUUUUCUUGGGCGUUUCGGCUUGGCCAUGGAGUACCAUUGUGGAAGUUCAUUGUGAUGGCUGCAUUCUUAAAAACUACUUGAUGCGUGGAGACAUAACCUCAGUCAUUUUGGCCACUGGGGUUGCCUCAAAGUAAAAAACAACAACUAAAAACCUUUGCUUUUCUCGAUCACCUGUCAGAGCUGGACAAACAAAACAAGCACCAACAUUAUUCAGCCCUUUAUUCUCAACCAUUCUAGAUAAAGGGUAUUAAGAGUGGGGGAACCUUUCUCCCUAAAAAUUAACUGUGGUUGCAGUUCUGUGUAAAGGAGUACAUAAGGGAUUAAAUACCUUGGCUUGUUUCAGUAGGUAGAGUCUGCCACAUACAGACAGAGCCAUGUUUGUUUCUAGGGAGGGAAAAGUCUGUUUUUGUUAACCCCCCCCCCCCCCGCGCUAUUGUAACUAAGAGAUACAUGUAUCCUUGCCAUUGAUUUUCAUGCUGUAUCUUUAUUGGGUAGGGAUGUGGAUACAGCAAAUGCAUCCCUUUUCUACCCCCCCCAUCAAGCCAUUCAGCUUAUAAGAGGCUACGCCUACAUGUUGCCACAAAAGCUGCAGAACAUUUUGUUGCUGAGACACAUCAGAAUAUACAUAUAUUAUCCUGCCUUCUACUCAUUCCUUUCUCGUUGCUGUAACAACACUUUGCAGCCAUCUUCAUGAGAUACUGAGAAAAGAAAGCAAAAUGUGUCUCUUUUUUUCUCUCCCUCUGGAAUACAUCUAAUACAAUACUCCAUAACACAGAAUCUGGGAACUGUUCUUUUUGGUUUGGGUUUUGAAUGGGGCCUAAUCUGUUCUGGGCACCCUCUCAGUCUGUGGGGUUUUUUUGGGGGGGGGGGUUGGUGGUCACUUCACCUUUACCUAAGGUUCUGUAAAUAUAGUCCAUGUCCCAUGUUCACCUUAAUGUAGUCACAUAAUGUUUUUUCACACAUUCACAUGAAAAAGUAUGUUUGCAAACACAUAUGUCACAAAAGUGCAAUUGCCAAAGUAUCAAGAUUGGCUGUAUUUCUCUGUAACCCAAAGUUGAGUGUGAUACAUUAUGUCAAAUGGCAUGCACGUGUUUGUGUGUUCAAUGUAUGUGUGUUGUGUGUCUGCAUGCCCGUCUGUGUGCUUCACAUGUUAAGUUCUUAACUGUUGUCUGCCUGAAUCUGAAUCUAUCGUAUUGUUUUAUAUACUAAUUACCUCCCCCCAAUGUCAACUAUAUAUUUAGGAGAGAUCAAAAUGCAACUAGGCUUCAAACGCACAUUCUGCUCUUUGUGUUCAUUUUCCUCUGCUAUUUGUUGCCUUAAUUGCAGCACCUUGUCAUCUUUACGUUUACCUAGUUUUUUAAAAGAAUAUGAACACGGGAAGCUGCUUUAUAGUGAAUCAGACAUUGCUUACUAUGGUCUCCCCUGAAUGGCAUCAGCUCUGCAGGAUCUCUGGCAGAGGCCUUUCCCAGGACCUGCAAUCUGGGCCCCUUCUUCCUGCAGACCAUGUGCUCUGCCAUGUAACGAUCUCCCUUCUCCACACAUGAGUUGCUCUCUCCUUUGAGAUGCUGGGGACCUUCUGCCAUUAAGGCCAGUUCAUGUUUCAGACCACGUGUGGAUUGUACCCUUUGCUCACUUAGAUCUCUUUGUCAGAUUUUGGCAAAUUUCCUUAAAAAUAGCUCAACAACUUUGGCCAAUGGACAAAACAAAAAAAGGCCAACAACUUUUGUGUCCAGAUUUUCACCUGUUGAAACAUGGCAACCCCACGAUUAUUAUGCACAAUAAAAUGGGUAUAGGUACGAGGUAUGGAAGUUACAGGUGCAAAUCCUUCUGCUGAACAAAGUGGAGAGACGUUAUCACAAGAUCUUAUGAGAUAUAAAAAGUUAAGUACACAUAAAAUGCUCUUUGUUGUUCCAUGCAGUUCUUUUGCCAUUUAAUAUUGCAUGUAUUUCAGUGUUGGCUUUUAAAUCUGGCUAAUAAUCUUGUUUGCUGAGGUCUAAUGGCCUGCCACCACUCACAGAAACAUGAUAUAGUUCCUCUACUGUUGAUAGAAAAAGAGGCUCUUCCACAAGCAUUUGAAGCUCUGUGAUGUGGGGUGCCACUUGGGAGAAUGAUUGGACUGGGAGGUUCACCUGCUACCUCUCUCCUCCUGAUCACCCACUCCAGAAGCCACUAUUUCCUCUUUAAAGAGGUCAACUUGGGCUGCAGGAAUCCACAUUAGUUGCAUGUAGCUUGUAUCUUUGCUCUGAGGGGCUCAAACUGGACUCUUCAUUUGGUAAUAUUUACUGUGACGCCUUUGAAUUGUUGACCUUAAAAGUCUCUUCUUUCUUGAAAAUCUAGCCAGCAUGAUCAAUGGAAAGUAUGGCUAGCUAUGCUUUUUUGUAAGUUCCAUUCUUCAAAGAAUUGUUUAGAAAACUGGCACUCUAAUGCUUGAAAAGUAAGGGACAUUUCACACACAGUUGAAAUAUUCCUCCAUGCAAGACAUCUCAAGUGUCCCCCCAGAUGAUUUUGCCCCAUAAAGAUAACAUACCAUAAAUGUAACAACUUAACGUUGUAAGUUGCUUUGAAAUGUUUUGUGUCAUGAGUAAUGAAUAAAUGUAAUCAUAAACAAUAACAACAUGCAACUCAGGCCCUCAGUAGAUGAAGUGACAGCUAUUGUGAUGCUGACAGCUGAAAAUGUGCUUCCAUGAUAAUGACAAAUGGCUGCUCGGAAGCUAUAGCUGAAUGUCCUAAGUUAUGUUUUACUUUUUCUGAGUUAAUGCUUCCCCAUUGGAUAGUUGCAUGCUGGGACAUUGGUAGCAUUCUUUGAUCAGGGGUACAGCUAAAGGCAAAGAGCAGGCAGAUUGGAGUUCAUUCAGGCAGAGCAACCAGAAGAGGUCCUGAGCACUGCCAAAGAUCGCUAAGUUGGAGCUGUUGUUCAUCCUGCCUUGAUCGUUUCUUUGGAGCCAAAGAAAAUAGAGGUGGAGGUGUCAUUCCAAGGCAAAUCAUGGGUGAGGCAUUACCACUGGCUUGAUUGCAUGGAACUAGAUUUUGACUAUAUGACUUCUGCUACUGUUUGUUAAGGGACGCGGGUGGUGCUGUGGUCUAAACCACAGAGCCUAGGACUUGCUGAUCGGAAGGUUGGCGGUUCGAAUCCCCGCGAUGGGGUGAGCUCCCGUUGUUUGGUCCCAGCUCCUGCCAACCUAGCAGUUCGAAAGCACGUCAAAGUGCAAGUAGAUAAAUAGGUACCGCUCCGGCGGGAAGGUAAACAACGUUUCCGUGCACUGCUCUGGUUUGCCAGAAGCGGCUUAGUCAUGCUGGCCACAUGACCCAGAAAAACUGUCUGUGUUAAUGACACAGCUUUACAUUUCCAAAGUGCUUUACAGCACAAUGAGGUUGUUGUUGUGUUUGUUUGUUUGUUUUAAAAAGGUGCCCCAGGUAGAGCUGCCAUUGUAAGUCUACCUCUACUAUUGCUAGUACCUCCUUGUCUGAGAUGCAUCAUGCCCCAACAUUACUGUUCUUGCAUCAACAGGUGAAUUGGCACCUUUUUGUCCAUUCCUUUGGGGAGGGAUGAGGUGCAUCCCCUUACUGUGUCCGAGCUACCGUUUGUCUUCUUCAUAGUAUUGAUUUUACGUAGUUGCUUCUACAGGGAAAAGUUGGUUCUGGUGUUCCACAUUUUGGCUGUGACUUAUAAAUAUUUGCAAUAAAUAAAUAAAAUGCAGAGGAGGUGGCUGCUGCUAGGCUCAUAGAAGCUAUAUCUUCUGCCAUAUUUCUUACUGGAAACCCCAUCUCAUUCCCCACUAUCAUCUGCUGAGAUGAGCAAAAAAUAAUUAUUAUUCUGACCCAAAGAUGAGACAGAGGGUGAGAAGCAAAGAGUACUAGGAAGGAAUAAGGUGAAAAGCACAGUGGGUUCAGCACCAGUCUUUGAAUUGGUAAUAAGAUAAACAUAGGUUUUCCUCCAAAUUCUAAUCUUAGCCAUGUAGAUAGAGGGGAGGCCUAACCUGCCCCUCUCUGACAUGCUAGGUAUGACAUGUAGAGGUCUGACAUGUAGAGGGAGCAUUGUUUUUCUUUUCUUUUUUAGUAUGUGGAACCAUUUAGACAUUGAAUCCUCUCACCUGCUGACUGAAAUGAAAACAGAGAGCAGAGCCACAUUAAGGCAGUUGGACUUAGCUCUCUCAAAUCAAAAUCCUACUCCUUGUCUUGGGCCAGACCAAAAUUAUUAUUCUCAAAUGUCAGUUGGGUAGGUGAAGUUUAGCUUUCUUAAAUCCACCCAGUGCAGGCUGAGAUAAGAUUUAAAUCAAGGAAUUCUAGCUAGUAGCUCAUACACAUUUUGCUACUAUGGCUGCGGAACCAUAGCAAUUUAGGGUUUUGUUUUGUCAUAUGCUCAUUCUCACCCAGGCAAUCUAGCAUUAUUUCUAAACCUGGCUUUCUAAAAAUUGAUUUCCAUUUGCCAAACAAUCUAAACUACAUAGGAAAGUUACCAACAAAACCCACAGGACAAAAAGUAACCCACUACAGUAUUAUAUUUUCAAUAAUUUACCCUAUCUUCAAAAUAAAAAUAAAAAUAGAUAGCUUUAAAUAUAUAUUGCUCCUAUUGGCUCUACAACCCCUACACUUGUUGUCUGGCUUUUGUGGGCAGGUGCUUGGCUGGUGUGGGAAUUUAAAAUGCCUCAGAAAUAUUCCCUAUUUGUUUUGGGUGUUGACGUCCCCCACCAGAGAACUCUACAAACAUUUUUAUUUGUUAUAUUUUUCGACACUGGAAAGGCAUGAAUUAGGAAUGUGCCUGAAGUUCUCAUCCAUUUGUCAAAGGCUGAACACCAAUGAUUUAUCUUCACAUUUUAAAAUUUUACCCUGCACCAUCCCCAAGCAACAAGCUGCAACAGCAGUUUCUGCCGGGAUUCAUUCCAAAGGAGUUCCAAACUUGUGAUUCAGGGACUGCUACUGUUUACUGGUUGCACUUGAUGACAUCAUGCAAGUUUUUGCUGCAGCACUGGCAAAGGAGGCGUAAAAGUCUCCACUAGGCUUUUAGCAGGGGGGGUGGGGGACAGAUAAAUAAUGAUGUCAGGCCAUGCAACAGCAGAUCCUAUGGCACUUACUGCUUUUUAGGAUAUCUAUUGCAAUGAUGAUUAACCUUGCAAUUCUCCCUUGUGUUACAGAAACAACCAAUUCUAGACAUGAAAGGUUUUAGCAAAAGCUGCUGAUCUUGUGGACAAAUAGAGGGUAAAUCUGUUUGUCGGCAUCCAUACAAGAAAACUAGUCAGAAGUAAAGCUAUGCACAUAUUCUAAUAGGGAUCAACUAUAAGCAUGCGAUAAAUAUUGAUCUAAUAGAAAAUGAGAACCGUGUUGCUCCUGUUGCAUGUUGUAUCUCAUGUCUGCUGCAGGUGGGAAGUCAUGAUAUUACUGUACAUAUUUCAAGCUGAUUGUUUUUGGUUACUACUCGAUUUUUUUUAAUGAAAAAAACCAUUAAUUGUUUUAUGUUGUGUUCAUUUCAUUAUUUCCUGUGGGAACAGGUGACUUGAGUGUUUGCAAUCAGUUAGUAGCCUUAUUGCUACUAACAAGAUGACAGUAAUGAGUGUAAGAAGUCUUGCCCCCUAGAACUCACUCUCAGUAGGUUCUUUUUUAAAAACUCUAGAGGGCUUGGGGGCUGACUUUCAUUGAGCUACCAAGUCACCCCUUCCUUCUCUCUUGCCCUUGGAGUGUACUCUUAAUCAGUGUUAAUGUGGGUCCCAUCAUGUUUGGGGCAGUUCCCUCUAUUGCCUCCCCCCAAGGGUUUUGGCUCGCUCAGUUGAACUCCAUCCAUAGUCUAUGGUCUUAAGAGCUCUACAGGCAAGAUACAUGUGAAACAAUAAAUUAUAAGUUUAAAAAAAUGGUUUGGACUGGCUUAAAUUGAUUCAUAAAGGAAAUCAAUAAGCCUCAGUGAAAACACAUCCACCAGGGAGGAAUUUGGGCCAUUGACACUGAGAAGUGGGAAUGUGUUGCUCUAUUUCCAUUGCAGGUUUAAUAUAAUAAAGGAAAUGUGGAACAGUUUAUAAAAUUAGAUUUAGGCUAUUUAUUUGUAUUCCUGUAUGUUAUAAUCAGAUUACUCAAAAUGGCAUAGAUCAGCCUGUUUAGCCUUCGUCGGCUUCAGCUCUCAGUGCAAUUGAUGAGAGCAAUAGACAACCAUACAGAUUUCUUGUAUUGUAUUUGUACAUUGUUCUCCUUUGGAGCAGCUUCUCCCAUUUCAUCAGAUGUGGACAAUCGAUAAGUACGGCUGCACAAAAAAUUCACCUGUAAAUUUUUUUCAGAGUGAAAGUGGGGAGUGGUGGGGAAAAGGUCCAUGAAAACACCAUUUUUACACACUGUUCACAACCAGCUGCAGCAGAAUUUUUAAAAACGUACUUUUAAAAUAUCCUGGCCCAUCAACAAUCAGGUAGCAGUCUGAUGGUAUCAUCUCAUCUCAUAGCCAGUUAAAUUUGUCUAGGUGUCAAUGUCACAAAGCCAGAUUUGAGUGAGGGCAAUUUAUCCUGCUGCUCAUACAGCUGAAUGACCAGACAUUUCCAGCCUAUUUUGCAGCCAUCUAUUUCUGCAGCCCCAACAGUUAUCACACUGCAGAAUUCCACUGGUAAGCUCAGGAUUUAACCUUAGGCCCUUUUGCUAAAAAAGGAGGAUGAAUUUCCUGUAUGUGCCGUGUACUCCUCCUCCUCCUAUUAUCAUUAUUACUUAGUUGAUUAAAAAAUGAAUCUCAAAGCAACUUAUAAAUAUGAACAUUAAAAAUAAGGGUAAAACAACCUAAAAUAUACAAGUAGGUCCAACUGUACCUCCCACCACACUAAAAGAUGAGCAGAAAAUUAAUAUCAAAAGGUCUGGGUAAAAAAUAAGGCUUUUGAGAAUGUUUUUGUUCCUAAUUUUUGUGUGUGUGUGUUUUAUACAAAACUACGUACCUGAUACUAUGCUAAUCAACAUGUGUCAUAUAGAUAUCUGAACACAUGGCGAAGCCAGUAUGAAAUCAUGUAGGAAAUCAAUGGGCUGGUCAAUUUUAGGUCUUUGCGACAGGGGGAAGAGGUUGAGGAGUCAUUGGACAGACCUUUCUUGAGUUUGCUCAGAGAAAAAGAUAUCCUCUUGACAGCCCUUAUGUAUUGUCAUCUUAGUGUUCUGGUUCAAAAUGGCCUUAUUAGUUUGGACUCAGUUCAUAUUAAGAAAAGAUACAAACCUGCUAAAUAACAUUCAGCCUUCCUACACUGGCAUCACAGAUGACUCUGUACCACCUUGGUCUUUAUUUUGUUUUGUUUUGUUGUUCCAGAACAGAUUUCCACUUUCUGUUCUACAUUAAAGCUCACGUGAUACUCCUUAAAAUGAAAUGGCCAGAUAUGAUUCUGUCCUUUUUUUGCACAUAUGCUUCCAAAAUCUCCCCCAAAGUGGGAAAUUGAUCACAAAAAGCCUUUAUUUUUGGACAUGAGUAAUUAUGCUUUAAGUUACUGUUUUACAAACAUCAUCUCAGUUUAUAGCUUACUUGUGCUAAUACCCUCAACUGCUCUUUAAAGUCAGACAGUAUUUUUAUUCUGUAUUACAGACAGGCUGAGAAUGUGUUCAGAUGGGGGUCUUUUGGUUUAUAUCUCAUUCUCUUAACCACCAUGCAUGCUUCAUAUGACAUUGAGAGAAUGAGCUAUGAGGGCUUGUCGCAGCUUUUUUUGUCCCCAGUUGAUUGCUACUUUGAUACCAUCAUUUUGGAUUUACCUCAAUCUUUAUUCUGGGAAAAGUGAAAUAAUCAUAUAAGCAGUCAGAUUUGGCUGUACAAUGACAUCACUUAGGGCAAACAAAGCCAGUUCAAAGAGAAGGCAAUUCUCUCUGUAUGAUGUUGCCCUCACUCUGAAUCCAUAAACACCUUAAUUCCUGUUCAAGUUUCCAUGAUCAAAAAGGGGGCAUUUUCACAGAGGGCAAAAGAAAUUUGCAAAAAGUGUCCCCUUUGUUUUGGAUAAAACCCUAUUUAGAGCCACUUGUUUUGCUGGUAUAACAGCAGUAUUAACUACCUGAGCUACAGCUCAAUGUGGAUUGUGGGAUGGUCAAAGAGAUUAAAGUUCAGGGCAUUGCUUCUUGAACGUGUCACCAACAAACAAAAAGAAUUAAACUUGUAUGUUUUACUGUUUCAAUGAUUUGCGUUUAGUGUUAGAGUGAGAAGCUGGGUAGAACUUGAGAACAUAUAUUUUCAACUUGUUUAUAAUUAUAAUCUGCUUGACUGUCAAUCCAUGUGGUAGCAGUCCGAGUUCUUAAAUCAUUGGUUUCUAAGGAAUUAUGAAUGUCAGAAUCUAGUUCCAGGCCAGUAGGAAAAUACAGGCUAGGCUUCCUUUCCAAGCCAGGGCCUCACUUUGUUACUGGCCCACAUCAGAGAGGAAUCCUUAGGCCUGGGCAGAUAGUGGUUGCCAAGGUGACCGGGAAGAGUGUGAGAGGACAGGAAAAGGUGUCUUUUACAGGAGGUUUGGGGGCAGAUGGGUGCUGAGAAGAAGUAAGAGAACAAAGGCCUGUGAGCUGCUGGGCCGGCCAGAACGCCAUGUGGGGCCUGGAUUGGAGAACCAUUUUGGCGCUUGCUGGAGGAGCUGCACUAAGAGACUGGAAGCCAAGAUGGUCAAUGGCUAGUUGCUGUGCUGGCUAUGUUCAACCCCUCUGAAUACCAGUCUCUGGGAAGUGCAGGUGUGGUUGCUUCCCUUGGCCUUCUGGUUUGCUGCUGUGAGAACAGGAUGCUGCACUCGAUGGGCCACUCACCUGAUCCGACGGGUCUUGCGUUCUCAACUGAGACUAAGAACCACAGCCUUUCUGUGAGGUUAUUUGUGGGUGGAGGGGAGAGAAGCCAAAACUAAACGUGCCACGUUGUUCAUGAAGGCUGGUCCUGUGAGCAGUUGCGCAAUAAGCAAAAAUCAACAGGUAAAGCUUUCAUACGCAUAGAGAGGCAGUGAAUAAAUGGUUGAUCGCUGUCUGCUACACAGUUGUUCUGGAGCGUUAAAGGUUCAGCGCCUCUAACUACGUGGUAGCCUCUGCUGAGGUGAUAUAUCUAACUGUCUUCAGCUGAACUGAGGAUCCGAACCCAUGCCUAAGAUUCACGCACUGUCCUCUGGGCUGCCCUGGAUCUCGCCUGCAGAAUUCCUUGGGAAUCAGGUUCAAGACAUGACAACAAGAUGCAACACUUUCCCUUAGCGCUGUUGUAUUAGAAGCUUUCAGGGCCUCUGAGAUCAUGGCAGUGACUAACUGUUUUGAGUUCCUCCUGACAAUUUGUGGUUUUUUUAAAAAAAAGAAAAGCUAAGCUUGCACAUGUUUUCUUAUGAGUCUCCUCGCUUUAAGUUGUGACUCAUACGAAAACACAUGAAACACCUUCUUGUUUCAGAUGAUAAUUAAUGAGUGAAGUGAGGGCUGGAACAAUCACUUCUACCUCAGUGAACAUGUGGGAAAGGCCAAAGUGCUCAUGCGGGCUCCAACUCUGACAAACGUUUGUUUCCAUCAUCUGCUGUGACGGGUCCAAUUGCAGCCAGUCUCCCAUAGUGCAGCAAACUGGUUGAAGGGACUUGUGAUUUGGGUUGUUCCAAAGGCUCUUUUGGGGUGCAAACACUAUUUGAAUCCAAGUGUUCAGCAUAUAUUUUAUUUCCAGUGUUGCGGUGGGGACACCCUGCUUGAAGGUGUAACUUGCAAAGGCGAGUUUUUAAACUAGGCACCAAUGCACAUCAGUUAAUAGCAGCAGUCUCCCAGUUUUCUGCCCUUGGGGGUUGGGGUGGUACAAAGCUUAUUUUGAGACACUGGCUGGUUAAAGCCCAGUUCCUACUCUAUGCUGUAUCUGCACUUGAAUUGAAGAAGGUCCUGCUAAUAAGCAACUUAGCACUACUGGUCAGCUUCAAGCAUAAUUUUAAUUGGCAUACAGAAAUCUAUUCAGGAAUAAUUAUUUAAACCGACUUAGCUAUGAGAACAGAAGCAAAGAUAUUUGGUUAAAACAAAGCUGUCCAAAAGCAAUUUUACAUAUGUAGUACUUUACCAAGCAAAUUAAGAGGCUUGUUGCAUGGUUGUGUUUGGAGAAUUGUUAAAAGGCAUUUAAGUUUUUCUUCACUCUUCUCCCUUACUCCCAGUGAAUCACUUUGACUAUAUAUAUGUCAACAUGCAUUUUGCAUAUGCUGCAGGCAAAAGUCCAACAGGAGGAUAAUGCUCACAUUUAUUUGGGUAGUUUGGGAAUUAGCUUUUGGUUUGUGGAAAGCGCAGUGAUUAGUUUCAGUAUGUUGAACUUUGGACUUUAUCCAGAUGACAGAUCUAUUAACUUUUACAUGCUGGAUGACAAAACAUUAUUCAGAUUAGUUGGAGUAUAAGCCUGCUUCAGAAGUAUCAGUCAAGGUACUCAAGGCUUCCUCCUACAGAUAGAACACAUGUUACCAUGUAGUGGUUGCCAUCUAAGGGGGCAGGGGGCAGAGACUCCCCAAAAUUUUCAAGGAGGGGGGGCAGUCCCCCUCAAAAUUCCACGGCAUGCAUGCAUGAUGUCAGCAUGCCCUGUGGUGUGCCAUGAGGCGUGCUGAUGUCAUAUGCACAUGGCAUUCUUGCAUCGUGUGGCCUCGACCACCUCAGCUGCAGGGCAAGGCAGAGCGCUGGCAGCGCAUGUGUUUCUAAAUUAAUCACUGAGCUAUGGGCACUCCCAUUGUUUCCCAAUUGAAGACAAAGGUAGGCGUUUGUGGUGACAGCAAGUUAAAAGAAAGGCCUUUAGUCAAAUUAAAGGCAGCAUCCUGGGACCUGGAUCCCUUAAUUUUAAAAGAAAGCCAUGGACAGUGUUUGGAAGACUCAUUGUUCUAGCCACAUUCUGUGACAGGGAAUUUCAUUAGUUAUUCCAGUGACUAUCCCAUAUCUCUAUAGAGAUAUUUUUCCUGUGUUUUGUGCCCACUAAUCUUCUCCAGUUCAUUUACAUACAGUACAUUAAUAAUAAUUUGUUAUGUUUCAGUAGUAAGUGCAUUUUUAACAUUAUUAACUUUUCAAAUUUGCAAUGAAUUUUGGCGCAAGGUGGAUUAAAGUAUUGAGCCUUAAGCACAAAAAAACUUCAUCUCACUUGAAAGCAAGACUGAACAAGCAUUAAUAUAUUAUCCUUCCCUUUUCCCUUUUAGGUUAGUUUCUUUUCUCUUUACCAUGCUUAAAACGUUCAUUCCUCCCCCCUCCUUUUUUUGCAAAUUACUUGGCAGUUCUACAUUCUCUCUCUCUGUCCUGCAGUCCAAACAUUGAAAGUGUGUUAACAAUGCAUAUGGGUGAACACAGGAGCAUUACUGUUUUUUAUUACUUUAUUAACCUAUCUGAGCAAGGAUCUGAGCAACCUGUGUUUGCUACAGAAUCACUGUUCUAGGUCUCACAUUACCCUGGUAGCACGACUGUCUCCCUUGUUGCAAAACACAUCACUUAUGUCAUGUGUGUGCAUGGCAUAAUAUAGUACCUAUGACAUACUUUCAGGAGCAUCAGACUUGCUUGUGGCACAUUUUGCACGAUGGUGUGAUAAAGCCCUUGUUAUUCUUUUCAGUUUGUGUUAAAAAAAAUAAAAUCAUGUAUUCUGAUGAUCUCUAAGGAAUAGAUAUGGAAACUUCUUCAAAAAGGAUAAGAAAGGUCAUGUUAUUAUUUCCUAGUAAUGUAAGUGACAUUCUCUAAAAUCAGCUUGGACUGAUUAAACUACAUAAUGUAACAUGGUCUGUGAAAAGAGGACAUGGUGUCGGUCGUCAACUGAACUGAUCUGAAGAAAGUUAUUGUGGAUAAGACACAAAGCCUUGUUACAUUCCUGACUCCGCUGGUAUCUUGACUUGCCUAUUGUGGGGUUCUGAUGAUAUCUUGGGCUCCUUUAAUGGCAAAAAAGAAAAAGGUGAGUGAGGUGAAUUUAUCUUGGAUACUAAUUGAAAAAUUGGGACAUGAGUUUUCUUAGGCAACAGCAGCUUGAUCAAUCAGGUGCAAGAAGUGAGCUGAAAAUGUGAUGAGGUGAUGUUUAUAUAAAUGCAUGGAUGAAGGUACGCUAUUGAAUAAACCAUUGAUAAUGUGUGGGCUAAAGUGAAUGGGAAUACAACGAACACAUCCAGAUUGCUAGAGUACUACCUAAUAUAUAACCUAAGCAAUCCUUGAAGCUGAGCCAGGGCUGGAGCAAUAAACAUGAAUAGUAUAAACAUGGGCACGCUCAACUCUUUACCCUUGCCCAGUUUUAAUAGUUGAAUUAACAAGAAAACUCUGUGCACUUUGUUCUCCUCUGAGGACUAUUCUUAAGGAGGGGUAAUAUUGUUAGGAUAUUUCCGUUCCACCUUAAAAGGGAGCAGGCUUUGUGAGUCACAGAGUCUGUGUAUUUCCUGUUCACAGGAAGUUUAUGUUUUGUCUAUUGCUUUCGUUUCUCUCUCUGUGCCUGAGACACCGAAGCAGGCAGUCAUGUUUUCUUUGUUCUGGCCAACGCUGAAUAAACUUGUAAAUAAUGCUCUCCUGCGUGCAUCUUUCGCUGUGUGAAUUCUGCUGAUAGAGCGUGCAUGAGCUCUGGAAUGUGGCAAGCUAUUUCUUUCUUUCUUUUUUUUAAAAUAAUUUUUAUUAAAGUUCUAAACAACAAAGAAAUAAAAGAAAAACAUACACAAUACAUAUAACAAAAAACAAAAAAACAAAAGUAAGAUUCAACAAUAAAAAUACAAGAAACAUAACAAUUAAAAACCAUAUCUCUGUUUCAUUUCCGCUUUUUAGUUGCUUAUUUUCUGGACUUCCUCAUACCUCCCUCAUUUGUAUUCCAACCCAAAUUAUUUGUCCAGCAGUUUCUUUUCCACUUUUUUAAUCCCAAUCUUUAAUUUGAUAAGAUAUUAAAAUAUAUAACUUCAACUUCUUUAAACCUAAUCCUUGGUCCUAAUAUCAUAUACCAUUAAAAUUUUCCCUCUUAAUAUCAAAUUUCCAUUUCUUUAAACAUCUUUAAUCUUAAUCUUUAAUCUUAGUCUAUCAUUAACUUUAACCUGUACAGCUGGAAACCUCUUGUUUUCAGUCCAACAUCACUCUAACAUUCCUUAAUUUUGCAAUGUUUCUGAAGAUAGUCUUUGAAUUUCUUCCAAUCUUCCUCCAUCAACUCUUCUCCCUGGUCACGGAUUCUACCAGUCAUUUCCGCCAAUUCCAUAUAGUCCAUAAGUUUCAUCUGCCAUUCCUCCAGCGUGGGAAGUUCUUGUGUCUUCCAAUACUUUGCGAUGAGUAUUCUUGCUGCUGUUGUUGCAUACAUAAAGAAAGUUCUAUCCUUUUUAACACCAUUUGGCCGACUAUGCCCAGGAGAAAGGCCUCUGGUUUCUUAGGGAAGGUAUACUUAAAUACCUUUUUAAUUCAUUAUAUAUCAUUUCCCAGAAAGCCUUAAUCUUUGGGCACGUCCACCAAAGAUGAAAAAAUGUACCUUCAGUUUCUUUACAUUUCCAACAUUUGUUAUCGGGCAAGUGAUAGAUUUUCGCAAGCUUGACUGGGGUUAUGUACCACCUGUAUAUCAUUUUCAUAAUAUUCUCUCUUAAGGCAUUACAUGCCGUAAAUUUCAUACCUGUGGUCCAUAACUGUUCCCAGUCAGCAAACAUAAUGUUAUGUCCAACGUCCUGUGCCCAUUUAAUCAUAGCCGAUUUUACCGUUUCAUCCUGAGUAUUCCAUUUCAGCAGCAAGUUAUACAUUCUUGACAAAUUCUUAGUCUUGGGUUCUAACAAUUCUGUUUCUAAUUUGGAUCUUUCCACCUGGAAGCCAAUUUUCCUGUCCAAUUUAAAUACUUCCAUUAUCUGAUAAUAAUGAAGCCAGUCUCGCACUUUGUUUUUUAGUUUUUCAAAACUCUGCAAUUUCAAUCUAUCUCCGUCUUGUUCCAAAAUUUCCCAAUAUUUCGGCCAUUUGACCUCCAUAUUGACCUUUUUCAAGGCUUUCGCUUCCAUUGGUGACAGCCACCUUGGGGUUUUGUUUUCUAACAAAUCCUUAUAUCUUAACCAAACAUUAAAUAGCGCUUUCCUGACAAUGUGGUUUCUAAAUGCUCUAUGUGCUUUGACCUUAUCAUACCAUAGAUAUGCAUGCCAUCCAAAUACAUUAUUAAAACCUUCCAAAUCCAAAAUGUCAGUGUUUUCAAGGAGUAGCCAUUCUUUCAACCAGCAAAAAGCUGCUGAUUCAUAAUAAAGUUUAAGGUCUGGCAGGGCAAAUCCACCUCUUUCCUUUGCAUCUGUUAGUAUUUUAAAUUUUAUUCUGGGCUUCUUGCCCUGCCAGACAAAUUUAGAAAUAUCUUUCUGCCACCUCUUGAAACAAUCCAUUUUGUCCACAAUCUGCAAAGUUUGGAACAAAAACAACAUUCUAGGCAAUACAUUCAUUUUUAUCGCAGCAAUACGGCCCAGCAGUGAAAGCUUCAAAUUUGACCAAAUUUCUAGAUCUUUUUUCACUUCAGACCAGCAUUUUUCAUAGUUAUCUUUAAAUAAGUUCCCAUUUUUUGCUGUCAUGUUAAUCCCCAAAUAUUUAACUUUCUUAACCACUGUUAAACCUGUCUCAUUCUGAAACCUCUCUCUUUCAAUCGGUGUUAAAUUUUUCUCUAAAACCUUGGUUUUUGACUUAUUCAAUUUAAAUCCUGCCACUUGACCAAAUUCUUGAAUCAGUUCUAAAACCCUUUUAGUACUAGAUUCUGGCUCCUGUAACGUCAAUACUAAGUCAUCUGCGAAUGCUCUCAAUUUGUAUUGUUUAAUUCCGACCUGUAUACCUUUAACCAACUGGUCCCUUCUAAUCAUAUUCAGCAAAACCUCCAGGACCGUGAUCAAUCUUGUCACAUGCCUCUGCUACUUGUUGACUUAUUCUGUUUAAAGAUUCAUUGACCUUGGCCAAAACUAGAGCAAAGGCAUCAUCACUUGUCGUACCUUUUACUUUUAGUUGUGCCGAUGAGGCUGUUGUUGAGGUUCCAGAAGGGCCUGAGGCCGAAGAUCUCCUUUGUAAUCCUUCUUCUGUGCGAAUAGUCCUCCCCGAUCUUGUAGUCGAUGCAUCCGCUUUCUCUUUACCAUCUGCCAUUCCUUUAGAUAAUGCUCAAGGUCAGUCACGUAGUUAAAAUCAAACAGUGGAAAUUUCCAGCCAAGCAGUGUGAGAAUUCCUCAAGCCAGCUACAGUUUCAAUUAUAACAAGUUGUAACAAUUCCAAAUUCCACUAGGGGGACACUGUAACAGUCAUAAAAGUUCUUGGAUACUUUAGUUUCUUUUUUAAGCCCCUCCAGUUUAUUCAGGAAGAAAACAGUCUAUACAAAAUAUUAACUUAGGACCAGGAGAUAUAUAUUCACAUAGUAUGUCCAGACUUUUAUUUCCUGUGCAGGACUAGCUGUCAAAAUAUAUUGCAAGACAGUACCUCUCUUUCUUUCCUAAGUUGCCUCUGGAGAUCCUUUCCCAGGGAAUUGAAUGAUGGUUUAAUCCCUUCUAUUCCACUUCUUUAUGAAGAAAUCACAUCCACAAUUUCCCCCCCUUUCCCCUCAGUUUAAGGAGGGAAAAGUCCAGGUUGGAUGGUUGGAUUAAAGUCCACUAUACGUGCUUUUCCAAUGCUUCCGCUUUCAAGUUCAAUGCUUUAUUUUAUCUACAAGGAAAGAGGCAGACUUCCUUUUAUACCUCUUUCCGUUUUCGGCCAGAUUCUAAUUUGUACAGUUCCAAUUAAAUUAUAUCCUACUCACGGAUCGUUGAUUUCAAGUCCGAAUUUCAAGGAAAAAAGGCAGCGCUCUCCGGUCAACAGCUUGUGGCUUCACACCACGAACGAGCAGACAGCCCACAGCACAGCGCUCUCCCCUGCUCCGCUUCCAAGCCCGUUGCCGGGCUUUUUACCGGGUUGGGGGGGGCGCCAAAUGUGCCCGCUGGGUCCCAGGCUCACAGGCUUCCCCCGCCUGUGAUUUUUGAGGGUCUCCCGCUGCGCCGAAGCGGGAUCCGACCCUUAUUUUCGUGGCGCUAUUUCCUCUAGUCGAGGAAAUCCGCCAUCAACCGCUGGCGCCGCCUCCGGAAGUGUGGCAAGCUAUUUCUGGACCUCGUGUCGCUAAUUGCUGAUACUGUAUCUACGGGAGAUCGAUGGACGUCCGGAGGCGACGUGGAGUCAUGAUGGACUUUGUCUCCCUGGCAGUAUCCCAACAACAGGUUAUGGGCCCAGAUUCACGGCACUUACAGGAGAGUAAGACUGCGACAGAUUGCUGAGGUAUGUGUGGAAAAGUCAAGGCUUUUCGUUGCCGCGGCAAAGUCUCUUUGAACUCCGGCCGGCUAAUUGGCCUGGGAGUCGAGCCAAGCAGGCCUCAAGAUUUAUGAGUAGCCAAGAUAAGGAGUCUCUGAAGUGAAUAAGGCUCACGGCUCAAGUGAAGAGCUGGAAUGGAGAUUUUACAAGCUUCUGAAGCUGCUGAGUGCCCAAAGUUAAAUCGGCACAAUUAUGAGACCUGGGCAAAAUGGUGUGAAAGUCUACUAUGACAGUUUGGAGUGUGGCAUACUGUGUGUGAAGCCCCUCCAGUUCCUCUGACAGAUAGAUGGAGGGCCCAAGAUUCAAGGGUCAUAGACGUAAUUGUCUUAUCCGUCUCUCUGGAGGAAAUUGCCACGCUAGCUGGCAACACAACUGCACGUCAGAUGUGGAAUGCUUUGAAGAUAGCCCAUCUGCCAGUCAUCCCAGCCCAGAGUUUGACUGCAUCGGAGGUCCUGGCUGUUUCCCAGAAUGCGAGUGAAUGCAGGGAUGCCGAGGGCACCGGUUGCAAGCUGCAGGGGGAGCUGACUGUGAUGUCAUCCCAGGCAGCAUUCCAGCCUCCGGGGGAGCCAAGGAAUCGGCAGCUGAGAGCUCUGAUUCCCAUGAGAGCCAAGGUCAUAUUUGCAGAGGCCGGAAGGCCAGAAGUAAACAGAGACAGAUGCCUGCAGAUGGCCAGAAGCAGAGGGGGGUUGGAAAGCCCACGCCAGGGAAAAACAAGGCUUUGUUUGCUGGCACUGCUUCUCCAAAGGCUAAAGGCAAGUCUGAUGGCCAGGAGCAGGGGGGCAAGCAGCAAAAGCCCACGCCGGUGGAAAACAAGGUUUUGCUUGCUGUAAAAGCUGCUCCAAAGGCCAAAGCCAGAUUUAUUGUUGAUUCGGGAUGCACCCGCCAUCUGGCAAAAGAUAAGCAUCUGUUUAUCUCCUUCACGCCUCAAGAUGGAGAGAUCCACCAGGCAGAUGGAAAGACGUUGUGAAUCGCAGGAGUUGGGACUGUGAAACUGGCAAGUCUGCAUACAACCAUCAAAGAUGUACUUUAUGUUCCAGGUGCUGCAGACAAUUUGCUCAGUCUUCCACAGCUGACUGGGCGUGGUUUUGAGAUUUCCUUCAAGAGGAGCGUCUGUGUCAUCAGGAAAGGCAAAGAGGACAUUUUGCAUGCAAAGUUUAUAGAUGGAUUGUUCUGUAUAACUUAUGAUGACAAUGGUGCUGUUGUGUCUAAUGCUGAUUCUAAGUCCAUUAAGUUCACAAAGAGUGGACUUCCGGAGUCAGCGCCAUCGGUAAUGGCGCAAUUCUUCUGACUAGGAGGAAUUUGCUCUGGAGUAUGCUACAUGUACAACCACUGUCUGUUUGACUGGCUGUGCAAGAAGCAGACGACAGUGAGCCUAAGUUCCUGUGAAGCAGAACUCAAUGCUCUGUCAUUUUCACUCAAGGAUUGUGAAUGGUUGAUGCAACUAUUUAAGGACAUCAGAGUUUCUGUGAAAUGUCCUAUACAAGUGUAUCAAGACAAUAGAUCCUGUUUGGCUUUGCUGAACUCAGAGAGUUGCAAGCAAAGAACCAAGUACUUGCAGAUUAAGCUACAUCGUGCAAGAGAAUGUAUUCAGAAAGGACUCAUUCAGGUGUCCUACAUGCCAGGAAAUGAAAUUCCUGCUGAUCUGUUGUCUAAGGUUGUUAACAGAUAACAACUUAAGGUUUAUGUACAGAGGUUGCAAUUGGGUUGAAACACAGGUACUACAGGUUACACGGAAAGGGGGAGGAUGUUAGGAUAUUUCCGUUCCACCUUAAAAGGGAGCAGGCUUUGUGAGUCACAGAGUCACAGAGUCUGCGUAUUUCCUGUUCACAGGAAGUUUAUGUUUUGUCUAUUGCUUUCGUUUCUCUCUCUGUGCCUGAGACACCGAAGCAGGCAGUCAUGUUUUCUUUGUUCUGACCAACGCUGAAUAAACUUGUAAAUAAUGCUCUCCUGCGUGCAUCUUUCACUGUGUGAAUUCUGCUGACAGAGCGUGCAUGAGCUCUGGAAUGUGGCAAGCUAUUUCUGGACCUCGUGUCGCUAAUUGCUGAUACUGUAUCUACGGGAGAUCGAUGGACGUCCGGAGGCGAUGUGGAGUCAUGAUGGACUUUGUCUCCCUGGCAGUAUCCCAACAAAUAUGACUCUGUAAGUGAAGAUUCUGAAAUCUUAAUUAAGGGGGGAGGGAAGAGUGAGAUCAGGAACAGGGAUACAGUUUAUUAAGAAAAGCUCAGAAGAAUAUAUUAAAUGGGAGGACUUUAUUUGAAGUGGUAUGAUUGCUUCUUUCCAUGUUCGGGGAUGCAUCAUGUAAAUCCCAGUUAAGGGAUUUUUAAAAGCCGAAUUGCUGGAGUAUUUGCCUAUGACAGCUAUAGUCUUUUGGCACAGAGCACUUAGGAGCUCUUUGGGGCAUAUGCUUGGGAGUCAUUUUUUGCUUAACCUGCCGUCGGCUGACGUUGUGAUGUGUGUGCUGAGCUGAAAUCGCCUUUUGCAGUCAGUCACACCCACUGCUUUUCAGGGCUGUGUGAUCCAGUGCAAAAAAAUUUAUCUGAGCUACAAUUAUUAUUAUUAUUACCUUCCUUCAUUCGAAGAUUGCAGGGCAUUUUACAAUAUAAAAACACAAAAAUACACACCAUAAUAACAAAAACAAUACCCCCCACAGCAUAUGAUGGGUGAUAGUUCCAGAGCUGGGUUAAGCAGUAAACUGAUUUAUUAGUUUUAAAUUGUUCUUAAAAAGCUAGUUUACUUUUUUUAAAAAAAUAAUGAUUAUGAAUUCUCUGCUAAAUUCUAGCAUUUUGGGGAGCAUGUAGGAGCGCACCCCGGAAAUGAUCUCUUUCAGCUUCUGCCUUCUGGAAGAAGGUACAGGGUUAUAAAGACUAGGCCUGAGAAACAGUUUCUCUUCUUUUGGUUUUAAAUGCAGUGUAAGGUAGUCUCUGGGACGCAGGUGGUGCUGUGGGUUAAACCACAGAGCCUAGGACUUGCAGAUCAGAAGGUUGGCAAUUCAAAUGCCCACGACGAGGUGAGCUCCCGUUGCUCGGUUCCUGCUCCUGCCAACCUAGCAGUUCGAAAGCACGUCAAAGUGCAAGUAGAUAAAUAGGUACCGCUCUGGCGGGAAGGUAAACGGCGUUUCCAUGCGCUGCUCUGGUUCGCCAGAAGCGGCUUAGUCAUGCUGGCCACAUGACCCGGAAGCUGUACGCCGGAUCCCUUGGCCAAUAAAGCGAGAUGAGCGCCGCAACCCCAGAGUCGGCCACAACUGGACCUAAUGGUCCUUUACCUAAGGUAGUCUCUAUGGGAGUAUAUUGUACAGUGGUACCUCGGGUUAAGAACUUAAUUCGCUCUGGAAGUCCAUUCUUAACCUGAAACUGUUCUUAACCUGAAGCACCACUUUAGCUAAUGGGGCUUCCCACUGCUGCUGCGCCACCGGAGCACGAUUUUUGUUCUCAUCCUGAAGCAAAGUUCUUAACCCGAGAUACUAUUUCUGGGUUAGCGGAGUCUGUAACCUGAAGCGUCUGUAACCUGAAGCGUCUGUAACCCGAGGUACCACGGUAUUUAAUUAUGGUGUAUCAGAGUUUUUAGGGGGUUAACCAGGCUGGGAUAGCUGGGAUAGCAGGCUUGUUGGUUUCUGAAUGUCUUAUGUAGAUUUUCAGUUUCGUUGUUCUGUAUGGGACAAUGACAAUAAAGAUUAUCGUAUCGUAAAAAGGCCAGAGCAUAUAUUUAAAUAAAUACUCAGGGAGAAGCUUGGUUGGAAGAUGGGGUAGAAUAUUUAAAUGGGGUAGAAUACUUUAAAUAACUUAACAGAAUAACCUAAGCCUUUAGAGAUGAGGAAAGGCACAAAGUGGGCUGGUACAGUCAAACCUCAGUUCCCAAAUGGCUCUGUUUUCGAACGUUUCGGCUCCCGAACAGUGAAAACCCGGAGGGAAAUGCUCCAGUUUUUGAACUUUUUGGAAGCUGAAUGUCUGGCGUGGCUUCAGCUUGAGGGCAGGAAGCUCUUGCAUCCCAUGGGAAGCCGUGCCUCGGUUGUCGAACGUUUCUGAAGCCGAACGGGCUUCCGGAACGAAUUACAUUUGACAGCCAAGGUUUGGCUGUAGCAGAGUAAAUAAUUUUCCUCAGAUUCUGCUUUCUCUGUCAAGCUAUCCUCCAGCAGAAAAUUCAGGUCAGUAGGUUUAUUUGCUGGCACCUCAUUCUCUCUUGCUGCCUGUCUGCCUGCUGUGUUACUUUGAAAACGAGCUCUCUGAAAUAAACAAGAAUCCUUCCCAAGAGCAGAGCAGACAGACAUGUCAAGUAAUGAUAGGGGUGCUUAUCCAAGUGCCCACCAAGCCAAAACACAGCUGCUGUUUCACAAAAUAGACUUGUCAGCUGCAAGAGCACCCCCACCCCCAUGCAGUCAGGUCUGUUGUGGGAAGGGGAGUGCUGCUGAUUAAUGAAAGCAUUCCCUACUGUACUUGCAUUAUCUGUGCUUAGAGCAAUGUGGUCAAGCAUUUAAGGCCCUUAACCAAUAUUGAUGAAGAUGGUAAGUUCAAGUUUGAGAACAUGGCUUUUUAAUUGGCUCCAGCAUGCAUAUUUGGUCUUGCUGAGACUAACUGGUAGCAGUGAGAUGUAAUGGAUAAAGUGUUGGGCUAGGGGUACAAAUCCUUCCUCAGGUACAGUGUUCACUAACCUUAGGUAGACAUUGUCUCUCUGUCUGACCUACCUCACAGGAUUUAAAAUACGAUACUUGGAGUUCCUUUGAGGAUAGGAUAAAUAAAAGAUGUCUUAUUUACCUCUUACGGUAACGUAAAACAAAUUAAUAUUCACUUAUGAAGGAUUUCUGACAAAGUGUGAACAUGUGAGAGUGUUGGAAAGAGUUUGAAGUUGCUGCUUGUUACUCUGAACUCAAAUGAGACUGAAAUGUCACUCAGACGUAUGAAUUCUUGCUUAUAUUCAAAAGAAUUGCUUGGCCCUUUGAUGCAAAAUGUAGGUAUGAAUUAAAUUAUAUAAAUCAGAUGAUAAAAUUGGCAGAUUGCAAUGGUUUGAUCCUAGUUGACAUCUGCUGUCAUUAUGGGUGUGACGUGAUAGAUUUGAUUCACUGCUUGUAACUCUCCUUGGAGAAAAUCUGUAAAUUUCUUAUUUUCUAGUGUACAUUAAGAAUUGGGUAGAUGUUAACAGGAGCCAUUUUUUAAAGUGAGUAUUCCUAUGGCUGUCGAAAUAUUGCUGAGGAAGACUGACAUCUGCCCAGCAGAGAUUAAAAUCAAAGUGAAUCAUUUAUCAUAUGGGUGUGCCUCUGAUACAGCAUACCCUGCAACAUUUCUCAAAUGAAAAUAGGAACAUCUUCUUCUAUGCUUUUUCCGCAUUUGAUCUCCUGCAUUUAUUGGUCAUCAAUAAAUUUUAGCUGUAAGCUGCCUUGAGUUCCUGUCAGGGAAAAAGGCAGGAAAAGAACAACAACAACAACAACAACAACAACAAACAAACAAACAAACAAAUAAAUAAAUAAAUAAAUAAAUAAAUAAAAUGACCCAGUUACCUGAAGGUAAGCCCCAUUAAAUACAGCGAGACUUCCUUCUGAGUAACCAGGGGAAGGCUCAAUUUACAAUAAAGGAUUAAAUACUCCCCGCAUUUCCUUAAAAAUGGUUGGCUGCGGAAGCAUUGCAAUUAAAGAAUGUAAAGUGGAUUGGUCAUAUUUUCUUUCAAAAUUAUAGGAAGGGCUUCAUAUGCCAGCUUCUCUAUUUGGUGCAGGGAUUUUAUUUUCAGUAUAAACAGGGCUCCGUUUUUGCACCAGCACCAGCACCUGCGCGCGCACACACACACACACCAUUUUUAAUUGUUCACCGAGAUGUGAAGGGGAGGAAAAAGGAAAAGCAGAACAUUCUGGGAUAAAAUCAGAAACUGAGAUAGCUUCCAUAAUUUCCAUAAUUUCAGGACUGUCCCUGGAAAAUCAGAACACUUAGUAUGAUACAGGUGUGGGGAACCUGUGCCCUCCAGAAGUUGCUGAUCUAAAACUCCCAUCAGCUCCAGCAAAGCAUGGCAAGGGAGCAGCUGGAGAGCCAAAGGUUCCCCACAUAUUCCCUAACCAACAAUAGAUGAAGAAGAGUCAAUACUCUGCCCCAAAGCAGGUGCCUGGUGGGUUCUUUUAAGAUGACACAUAAUCUCAGUGCUCUUCUGUGAACUUCCUCAUGUGUAUAUAGGAACAUAUUGUGGAAGAAGGAUACCAAUGUAGUGCCCUCCAGAUGUUGUGGGCAAAUUCACAUCAUCCCUGACCAUUGGCCAUGCUGGCUGGUGCUGAGGACAGCAUGUUGGCUGCUUCUCUUCUAGAACUUUAAUGGGAUUGCUGCUAGUGAUAGAAUUCCAGGUUUCCAUUAGUCAGCGGCUUUUAUCAUCCAAGCUUCCAAGCAUCUCAAUUAUUUCUUCAUUCAUUUAUUGCAUUUAUAGCCUGCCUCUCCUUUUAGGAGCUCAAGGAAGCAUUCAUGACACUUUCCCCUCACUUCCAAAGGGUAUAGGAAUUGUAUAGCUGGAUAUCCAUACUAUCAGCAGUAAAGGUCCAGGGUGACAAUAAGCUACAAUCAAAUUUGAUGUGGCAGUCUCUAUACCUGACCAUUGCAGAUGCUGGCUGGGGCUGAUGGGAGUUGUAGCCCAAAACAUCUAGAGGUCCCCACAUUGCAGUGAUACACACACACACACACACACACACACACAACACAUAUAGCAUAUAACACCCAGUUUACCUUGACCAUGGCUUAGCUUGAUGUCUGAUUGAGCCCAUGAGCCUGGGACUAGUAAGACAUGUGCAUAAGCAGAGUAGGCAGAGUAGCCUGUCUCUAGCAUACCCACCUGUACAGGGACUCAGGAAACAUUGUAGUGCGCUUAUGUAGCAUAAUCAUGUGGUUGUGUGUUAGGAAAAUAGAUGCCCUAUUUCAGUCCAUAUGAUUUCUCACAGAAAACACAGGUAGGUUGUUUCUGACCACAUACAUCUUGUUUAUCUGUGCAGCCAUAGGGAGUCAUUGUGCAGUAACGGCCCAAGCUGUUUGUACAUGACAAAGGCCAUAUGCUCUCAGUGAAUGUUAAUGCUUUCACGGUUUGAAGUGUUCUCAGAGUUGAAAAAGCAUAGUCCUGAUUAUUGCUCCGCCUCCAGAAGACCCUGUGCAAUAGGGGUAGAAAUGCUGAGCCAAUGGAAAAUAAAACUAGAAAGCCAGCUAUAACCCAUGGUUUGCCGGCAUAUCCAGGCUUUCAGAUUAUAGGACUGAAUUCAAUUAAAUCCUGUGCAGAGUAGACCCAAUGAAAUUAAUGAACCUAAAUUCAGUGAGUGUACUCUGAGUAGGACUAGCAGUGACCAUCACCCAUAGUUUGGGUUCCCAGUUGUGACUAGUGUGGACUAUGGUGGUGUGACAUGAGAGUUGAGCCAUUGUUUCCUUUUGAAAAAGAAAGAACCAAUGCGUUCUUUGAGCAUGUAAUACCUUCACUCCUAGCUUGCAUCAGGUCCUGCACUUCUGCAGACUCUACGGUGAUGUAGAGUGGAGAAACUCCAAAUCAGCAAAAGGGACUUUUUAUUUUUGCGCAUUAGGCUCAGUCACACGUAAAAACCAUUCACAUUGAUUUGGGAUUGUAUCCUAAGCUGUUCAGCUUGGUGGCAAACCGGGAAGUAGGAGAGAAGUCCCAUGCUCUUGAUUUUAUUGGUCUCAUAAAGUGUUGUAAGAAUUUACAAGCACUCGUUGCAUCAUAAAUUACAGAUAAUAAAAUAGCAGGUGGCACAUCUUUCAAGCAGUGUAUUAAAAUUAUUCCUCUUGGCAGGAUCAGCAAAACAACCCUCAGACUCACCCCUGCCUGAGUGGCUACAAAGCAAAGCACGUUGUUAUUUCAGAGAGAUGUAAUUUUAAUGACAACUCUGCCAUGCUGCUCUCUGCAAAGCAUUUAUAAGUGCCCCACGUUAAUUAUAAGUUUCAACAUCUUCCUCAGCUCCUCAUUUAUAUCAUGUGGGCAAUAAUUGCAAAGAACAAGCAUAAUUUAUGCAACAAUUAUUACAUUGGUUUGGAUGGCAGUGACCGAACUCUCUCUGUGUGUGAAGCUGUUCUGUAUUAAUCUGAUAGAUUAAAUUUUCUCUCGUUGGAGUGUUUCUGCACUGUUGAUCUCAAACCAGAAGUUAAAAUCAUAAGUAAAACUAAAUCCUACGGCGUGUCAGAUUUGAUCUGAAGAGGGGCAGCGGGGAAACACAGCAAUUUUUAAAGCAUUGGUGAAACGGAUGAGGACCGUGGUUCUCAUUUUUACUUUCUUUCUUUGCAGACCACUUCAAAAGCGCAGGUGGUUUCAGUAGACCACUUAAAAUAAAAAUGUUCUUCACCCACAGCACAAUCGGUAUUGCAUUAUGAAAAUCAUAGGCCCUAAGUCAGGCCACUGAAAAGUGUCCCUGUACUUGGUAGAGUUUUAGGGAAAAAUUAGUAGAGUCUACCAGUGUCAUAUUAUGAAAAUUCCCUCCCCCCACUGAUCUCUGUUGUCAGAAGAAGAAGAAAAAUUAAGUGCAGAUAUUCUCAACUGUUCUGCAAAUCUUUCUGCAUACCAAAUGAAUGGAACUCCCACAUCACACUUCAAAAAUCCCUGUUCUAGGGUAUCCAGGGAAGCCUCUUGAAAAUUGGCAGGGUGGUCAAUGGGCUUUUUCUCCAAUGACUAUGGUUGUGAGUGGCUGCUGGAGUCCUCAGUUUCACUAAUGCAGAUUUUUGAAAGAUUGCUUUUUGCUUCAGUGUUGACCUGCGUGCAUAUACUCUUUAAUUGUUAUUAUUUUGUAGAAUGCCCCUUACUGGAGCUAUUCUCUGCCACUGUGCAUGCCCUGCAGCAUAUCCAAAUCUGCUCCAGAGGGAGGACAGUCCCAUUUCGCAAACAGAAGUCAUUCUGCUUGCCUAAUGAGUUUCUUAGUGCUACACUGUAUACAGCCCAUAAUACCAGUUAUUACCCCUUCACACAUGGAAGCUUCUACAUAAGCCUUAUUCAGGUGUUCUCACCCCGCCUUCCCAGGUAUAAUAACACAAAUGCGAGGGAGGGGGUGAGUCCACUAGCUCUGCCCCUCAUUUCUGCCCCCCCCCGGGAGUUGGAGGGGUAGCCUCUGAAGUGGAGAUCUCCUUCUACUUGUGGGGGAUCCUUGUGUAAUUUGGCAUACUGAUCUUCCAGGAGUCUCUAUUACAUAGGGAGUCUACACAAGGACAGCAGGCUCCCCACUGCCUCCAGCAGUUCGCCUCCGACUAACGGAAAAUGAGGAUGGGGCAGAGCUAGCAUGCUCAUCCCAUUCACACUCAUGUGAUUCUAAUUGAAUGGGGGAUUAGAAAGUCUGGGUAGAGCUAUAGUGUGUGUGUGUGUGUGUGUGCGCGCGCGCAUGUGCAUGCAUGCGCCAAACCUAAGAAACAUUAGGAAAGAAAAAAUUCUUCGGAGAUUUAUAGGGACAUAAACACAAUGAACUGCUUAAAAGAAAAGGCAUUAGUCCUGGCAGGUAUUAGUCCUGGAUGGUUUUGUUAAUCCUGACAUCUGUAGCAGCCCCAUAUUAGGUGAAUGCUAUGCCUGUAAUAUGUAAAUUAGGUUUAAUUAGCCUUCCAUAUAGCUUUAAGCCAUUUAAAAUCAGACCUGGCCUUGGGGGGAAGUUUACAAGUGUUAAUUUGUUUGUUUCAUUUCUUAUAAAACAACUGGACCAAGCAAACCUAAUCUUUUUCUUAUUAUCUUGAUCAUUUAGAAGCUGCAGAUCUUACAGUGUUUUGGAUUAUAUCUGUGCCUAAGAGCCAUCUCUUCAGCUAAUAACUAUUUAUGCAGCUACUUGCUGUAUCCCCUGAGCUAAACCAUGUUGAAUUAUUUUUGCUGCAGUGGCACAUCAGAAGGCAUGGCAAGGCCGCUAAUGCUGAAGGCACUCAGAUGUCUCCACUGUAUUGAUUAUUCUGCUGAGCCAGAGGAAGCUUAAUUAAUUUGUUUUAAAAUUCCUCUGCAUACCAUGGAUGGGUGUUACAAAUCAAUGUGAGCUACAGCCUCGAUUCCAAUCAGCUCAUUAUAAUGCAGCUAAUUACUGCAUUGAGAUGACUGGGGCCUUUUACUGGGGGGCUUUGCAGAAAGAUGGCAGCAGCCUUGCUGUCAUAAUGUUUGUUAUAAGGCUUCCCCAUUCAAGGUUCUCUGGGGAAAACAGCCUCCUCUUCCCCACGAUGCACACAGGUUUGUUCUUGCCCUGAAAAACAGUACCCUCUCACAGCAUGAGCUGUUUGUGCCAAUGCAAACCAGUUUUGAAAUGUAUAACAAAUGAGAGAUCACUGACAACAUUUUGCAUAUUAUAUGACAUCAGGUUGUUGCCAAGUGCUCACUCAGUAAUCCUGGCUCUCUGUACCUGCAUGAGACACAUGUUUCCAAAAUUGUGUUUGUCUGAGUCAUGCUUUAGGUGCACACUUAGAAUGAUUUACAUACACACCUAAAAUCCAUGAUGUACGAAGCAUGCUUUUUAGGAGGCUCUUCAACCCCCCCCCCCAAAAAAAACAAGCUAGCUUCAAAGUAAACAUCACCAUUUCCCAACAACAUUAAACAUAUCAACUCUUCCAAGCCUGCAACCAUACAUUGGUUAAGAGGAGUUAUUGCAAAGUGGUGUUUCAUUGUCUAAGUGGAAGGUGAUUUCUUUUUAAAAUCUUGCUUACCUUCACAACAUCCAUGUGAGAUUGCUUGUCCCUUUUUUGCAGAACUGAUGUUGGGGGCGGGGAGGUGUGAGCAAAGGCCACUCACUAAAUCGGUAGUUGUGCAAAGAAGUUAGACCUUGUCUCUCAGAUCUAAAUCUUCAGUGUUUCUACUAGGGACCUUAUGGUUUGCAGUGAGCUUUUUUUAUUAGCUCACAGGCCUUCAUUUCCCUUAGCAUUCCUCUGGCUCCAUCCUUUACCUCUUCACACAUCCAUGUUCUUCAGUAAGCCCUUGCUCCUUGCUGUUGGUUUUCCUCACUGUAGCUAGACUUUGCCACUGAUGGAGAGAGGUCUGGUAUGCAUGGCCUGCUUUCAGACAUACUCUCUGUACACUCCCACCCCCUUUGUACUUUAUGGGUAUAGGCAAGACUGUUGGGUAAAAUGUGCAUUCGCCCCAACAAUAUCUGAAAAAAAAUCAGUCUAUUGUGAUUAUGUUGUUUAGUCGUUAAGUCGUGUCCGACUCUUUGUGACCCCAUGGACCAGAGCACGCCAGGCACUCCUGUCUUCCACUGCCUCCCGCAGUUUGGUCAGACUCAUGUUUUUUGGUAGUUUGGUCAGACUCAUUUAUUUUCAGCAAGGCAUUUGACAAGGUGCCUCAUGAUAUUCUUGUAAAGAAGCUGGUAAAAUGUGGUCUUGACUAUGCUACCACUCAGUGGAUUUGUAACUGGCUGACUGACCGAACCCAAAGGGUGCUCAUCAAUGGUUCCUCUUCAUCCUGGAGAAGAGUGACUAGUGGGGUGCCACAGGGUUCUGUCUUGGGCCCGGUCUUAUUCAACAUCUUUAUCAACGACUUGGAUGAUGGACUCAAGGGCAUCCUGAUCAAAUUUGCAGAUGACACCAAAUUGGGAGGGUGGCUAACACCCCAGAGGACAGGAUCACACUUCAAAACGACCUUGACAGAUUAGAGAACUGGGCCAAAACAAACAAGAUGAAUUUUAACAGGGAGAAAUGUAAAGUAUUGCACUUGGGCAAAAAAAUGAGAGUCACAAAUACAAGAUGGGGACACCUGGCUUGAGAGCAGUACAUGUGAAAAGGAUCUAGGAGUCUUGGUUGACCACAAACAUGACAUGAGCCAACAGUGUGACGCGGCAGCUAAAAAGCCAAUGCAAUUCUGGGCUGCAUCAAUAGGAGUAUAGCAUCUAGAUCAAGGGAAGUAAUAGUGCCACUGUAUUCUGCUCUGGUCAGACCUCACCUGGAGUACUGUGUCCAGUUCUGGGCACCACAGUUCAAGAAGGACAUUGACAAACUGGAACGUGUCCAGAGGAGGGCAACCAAAAUGGUCAAAGGCCUGGAAACGAUGCCUUAUGAGGAACGGCUAAGGGAGCUGGGCAUGUUUAGCCUGGAGAAGAGGAGGUUAAGGGGUGAUAUGAUAGCCAUGUUCAAAUAUAUAAAAGGAUGUCACAUAGAGGAGGAAGAAAGGUUGUUUUCUGCUGCUCCAGAGAAGCGGACACGGAGCAAUGGAUCCAAAGUACAAGAAAGAAGAUUCCACCUAAACAUUAGGAAGAACUUCCUGACAGUAAGAGCUGUUUGACAGUGGAAUUUGCUGCCAAGGAGUGUGGUGGAGUCUCCUUCUUUGGAGGUCUUUAAGCAGAGGCUUGACAACCAUAUGUCAGGAGUGCUCUGAUGGUGUUUCCUGCUUGGCAGGGGGUUGGACUCGAUGGCCCUUGUGGUCUCUUCCAACUCUAUGAUUCUAUGAUUCUAUGAUUCUAUGAUUCUAUGAUUCUAUGUUUGUAGCUUCGAGAACACUGUCCAACCAUCUCGUCCUCUGUCAUCCCCUUCUUCUUGUGCCCUCAACUUUUCCCAACAUCAGGGUCUUUUCCAGGGAGUCUUCUCUUCUCAUGAGGUGGCCAAAGUAUUGGAGCCUCAGCUUCACGGUCUGUCCUUCCAGUGAGCACUCAGGGCUGAUUUCCUUAAGAAUGGAUACGUUUGAUCUUCUUGCAGUCCAUGGGACUCUCAAGAGUCUUCUCCAGCACCAUAAUUCAAAAGCAUCAAUUCUUCGGCGAUCAGCCUUCUUUAUGGUCCAUCUCUCACUUCCAUACAUCACUACUGGGAAAACCAUGGCUUUAACUAUAUGGACCUUUGUUGGUAAGGUGAUGUCUCUGCUUUUUAAGACGCUGUCUAGGUUUGCCAUCGCCUUUCUCCCAAGGAGCAGGCGUCUUUUAAUUUCAUGACUGCUGUCACCAUCUGCAGUGAUCAUGGAGCCCAAGAAGUAAAAUCUCUCACUGCCUCCAUUUCUUCCCCUUCUAUUUGCCAGGAGGUGAUGGGACCAGUGGCCAUGAUCUUCGUUUUUUUGAUGUUGAGCUUCAGACCAUAUCUUGCGCUCUCCUCUUUCACCCUCAUUAAAAGGUUCUUUAAUUCCUCCUCACUUUCUGCCAUCAAGGUUGUGUCAUCUGCAUAUCUGAAGUUGUUGAUAUUUCUUCCUGCGAUCUUAAUUCCGGCUUGGGAUUCAUCCAGCCCAGCCUUUCGCAUGAUGAAUUCUGCAUAUAAGUUAAAUAAGCAGGGAGACAAUAUACAGCCUUGCCGUACUCCUUUCCCAAUUUUGAACCAAUCAGUUGUUCCAUAUCCAGUUCUAACUGUAGCUUCUUGUGCCACAUAGAGAUUUCUCAGGAGACAGAUGAGGUGAUCAGGCACUCCCAUUUCUUUAAGAACUUGCCAUAGUUUGCUGUGGUCGACACAGUCAAAGGCUUUUGCAUAGUCAAUGAAGCAAAAGUAGAUGUCUUUCUGGAACUCUCUAGCUUUCUCCAUAAUCCAGCGCAUGUUUGCAAUUUGGUCUCUGGUUCCUCUGCCCCUUCAAUUAUAGUGACUGACAAACAGAGAAUACGUGUUACUAAAGCCCACCAACUUGUCUGUUAUCCAAUAAAUCAUAUUUCUGAUGAAGCAAACCCAAGUGGUUAAAGCCAAGCCAGCAAAAAUACUCAUAAAAAAUACACAGAAGUGCAGUCCAGGAUGAAAAUGACCUAGAGGCAAAUCUUUAGAGUUGGAAGGAAACACAAGGGUCAUCUAGUACAACCCCCUGCAAUGCAAUGCAAUCUUUUGCCCAACAUCGGGUUCGAAUGCAUAACCCUGAGAUUCUCUACCAACUGAGCUGUAUCCAUUCAGCAUAUUGUCCAGAUAAUAAUAAACAUUUUGUAAAUAACUUGUUUCUGAAUGAAAUGAAACGUAUCUGUUUUUCGCAGGAAAUCUUUAGUCAUUCAAAUUUAUCCAUUCAUUUACAGGCAACUGA